GCCGCCGCUCCCGCUCCCUCUGCCCGCCCGCUCUCGCUCUCGCUCUCCCUCUCGCUGUGGUUUUUGUAAGCAGCAUAAAGAAGAAGUGUUGAGAGCUGCUCUCAGCCCUUUUGGAGUCCGAAGUCAAAAGGGAACUAGGGGGCUUGACACAUCCCUUGCAUCUUCCAUUUACUCUGACCACAGUCCCUCCCUGUUCUCUCAAGUGGAGCUAAGCCCUGCUUCCCUCCCUCUUGAUUCCCAGACAGCUACAUGUGCCAUCUUGGAGUGGGAUUUAUUUAGCAAAAAUGUAUUUCAUCCGAAGAGGUGUCUGCUGAGUAACUGGUCAAGAGAAUUGCUUCCACUAAAUGUAGGCUGCAGGGAGCCAUAGAAGAGGUUCAGUAGGUGGUGCUGUUCCCUUGAAGCCAGUUCUGAUGCUGUGCCCGGCAGAAUGUAUAAGGGACUGCCUGAAGUUACACUGUAGAUGCUGAAAUCACUGCACCUUAAAAACAAAAAGAUUAAGCUGCACUGCAUUCUUAUGUAUUCAUCAACUAGAGGGAAUUUCUAAUGGACAACAUCACACAAACCUGAGGAAUGCAGAGAGAGGACGCUGAGGAGCCAAGAAAUCAAGUGAUCAAGAGGGUUUGGAUUUACAUUAAUGUGUCAUCCUGAUGGAAAAUACAACUUGAUUAGAAAUGAGAAAUCCUUGACUCAACAGGUAGGGCUCCUGCCCAUACUGAUUUACGCUCACAAAUGGCACUGGAAUGUGCUGUUGAAUUUGUUAUGGUGCUUCAUGGCUAUAUGAUACUGACCCCAAGAAUGAUGCUAUUUACUCUUUCUUCUUGUGGUGCAACUUGGCAUGUUAGUAAUUCUUGGCCUUUCUUUUCCUUGUGUGCACAGUUAAGGAAAUACUGUUCUACAUGGCUACCUCUGCCCUUACUCUGAUCAUGCUUGCAAUUCAAGAAGAUGUUUGUUUGCUAUUAUAUACAGGUCUACCAUAGGAUCUUUAAAGCUAGCUGUAGUAAUGUUUAGAUGCUUGGCUCUAAGGGGAUUUGAAAGCUCAGAGGUAGCAUCUUUGUCUAGUGCUUGGGAAGUGCUGAGGGCAAAGGGAAGAACUGCUGGGUGGAGUGUUGCUUAGAGGAUAAAGCUUGGUGAUCUUUCCAUGGGUGCAGUUUCUUACCAGCAAUUAUACUGAAAAAGGAAGGAUCUUGUCCUCGUUUCAAUCAUUGGUGUCCUGGAGAAUUUCAGAUGUGUUAGGUAAAUUUUACUCUAUGAAAUUAUCAGCUGUUAAAACACAUUUUACAUCUCCAAUCCUUUCAGUAGCGGGAGAAAGACAUAGAUUUCCCCUGGCUUCUGAUAGUGGAAAACAUUUCUGAUGUCCCCGCAUUGUCAGACUGUCAGGGGCACCGCUAUGUGAUUAUCGUUAUUGUGAUUUAAUUACAUUUAAAAGCAUUUACUUUCUAAAAAUCUUUUACACUCUCUCUGUCAUAAUGUUUAGAAUGUAUCUAUACCAUACAGUAGUUAUUCUUUAAGGCUUCUUAUGCCUAGAAAAUCUUGUAAAAGAAAUAUUCUGUGCAGUAAAGUAGACAUUAUUUAAUGCUGAACUAAUAUUUCGAGCUGCAUUGCGAUUACACAUGGAGGCAUUUGUGGAAGUCUAGAAGGUAUGAUGGACUUUUUCUCCUGACUUUUCCCUGAUGAGAUUGUAGGGAUCACAAAUAUCUGUCUUGCAAUACACUGAGUUUUGCUGCCAUGGCUCCUUGACCUUUAUCCCACUGUCUAAAUGGGGUAGGACUUUACCUGUAACUCAGUCCCUACUGCUACCCAGAGACCGUGGUAGGUGAGUGAAAUCUGGGGUGGCACCCCAUGUGAAACCUGAGAAGUUAUGCAAGCACGAAAUCUUAAGAACUCUGCACACCAUUUCUUUAGUGAGUACAAACAUUUUCAGAUCUCUGGUCUUACAGAUGAAGUAAAACCCUCACCCCAGUAAAGUUGGGAUUUUUCUAGAUUCCUUUCAGCAUAGCCAGGUUACAUUGCAAAUGUAUGUGCUUGAGCUGCCCAACUCCAUAGGGUAGGUUCUGGUAAGCCUCAUGCGUUGCACGCACAGAUUUUCCCACCUCUCCAGCCAUGCUGCCUGGAUGGACAGGUGCUUACUCUGCUGUGUUGUUGGCCUUGAGAUAAAGGAGAAAAUGCAGAUAUUUACCUAGUUGAUGCAGAGAAAGAGUUCACAGCAGAAAAAUAUGUGAAGCCUUCUUUAGAAAUAAGUUGGGUUGUUGUUUUUUUUUUUUUUUGGUGUUGUUUUUUUGUUGUUUUGGAAACGAGUAUAUUUAGAUGUUGUUUAAUAAUAAAAGAAACAUAAAAAUUGUCAUAUACAUGUUUUAGCCCAGUAGUGGUCAAAUGAAGGUUUGUUUUAUUUUUAAUGUCAUAAUUUUACAUUGUUUGGAAUUCUUUUGUGAAGGUUCCUAAGACUAUAUCGGUUAGAAAUUAUUCCCCUUUCUCACCUUAUCCAUCUUUAUUAUCUAAUGAAACAGUUUUCUUCUGUGGAGCUGAGGAGCAACUGGCAAAUUCCAUGCGUAGUUCAGACAAACUGGUCCUCUGCGAGGCUGGGCUGUGCUCCCACUUGUGAUGAAACCAGGUGUAAAAUCCCAGUCCCUGCCUCAGUCUGUUUUUUCUGCUCCUCUUAGCACUGAUCUGCAAAUGGAGACUCCCGUGCUGAUAAUUUCAGUGUGGAGUUUUCAAAACUGAGUGAGUGUGUGCUGGCCUGUCUUUGUUUAAAUUUAGAAGAAUUGACGGAGCUCAUUCCUAGAGUCUGUAAUCCCAGUCUUCAUGCUUAAAACUAGCUCAAGCAUUCUGUGUAUUUGCAAGUCUAGUGCUAAUUUGUGUGCUUCUACUGACAAUAAAGAUGGAUGGUUUCUAUUGUCCUUUCAGUAGGGCCUCUCAUUACUUCAGUGGGAUUUUUGCUAUUGGUCCAUUUCUGUGUUUUUGUCCAGUUCACUACUAUCUCUUCAAUGUUAAGCUUCUUCCAUAGUUCAUUCCUUACUGGCCACUUCCUGAAGAACUUUAGGUUAUGGUAGGACUGCAGUUGGACAGAAAGCAAUAAACUGUAAGAAGCUAAACAGAAAAUGUUAAUGCAAAUCUUACCUAGUGCAAAUUACAGGGACUGCUGUUGCACACAGCUUCCUCUACUGCUGGGCUAACCAUCACUGAUAGUUUGCUAGUCCAGGCUAAAAUGAGCCCUUCGCUGCCCUGUAGAUCUCUACCAGAAGAGAAGAAAACAAAUUGUGUCCUCUUGCCUCUCUGCUCUCCCUACUUCAUAACUACAACCCCAACUAUCUUGUCAAAGAGAAGUUUUUUUUGUUUUUUUUUUUGUCUGGGAAAAGGGUAACAUAUCACUACAAUAUCUUCCGAACAUAUCUCUUUCCUGAGGAUUUGGUAUAGCACGGAAGGUCAUGUUUUACCUUCAGGCCCUGUACAAAUAGAAGUAGCUUGCACAGUGAGAUAGCAAGAUGUGAAAUUAAAGAGGGGCAAAUGUACAUUUACUUUAUAUAUAGUCACUUUAUUCAGGCAUAUUGUUUUUCUUUGGACUGUAAAAAUAAAAGUUUUAUCAAUUUAAAAUUUGUGAAGAGAAAAUCAGAGGUUUUGUUUGUUUGUUUUGUUUUCUAUCUAUUGUGUGGUCUUGUUAUUUUUUGCUUAAUUUCAUUACCUAUAAAUAGUAGUGAUGCAUGACACUGCAUGGUAAUCUGUUUCUUGGACUGGAAGGGGCACGAGUCUAAGAAAGGUAAAGGUUCAGUGGGUACUAAAGUAAUGCUUAGUGGCUGUGCUUCAGUGAUACAGAACAGUCUUUCUACAGGGACAAGUAAUAAUGCAAAUACAAAAAUAUAGAACAAUAUGAAGGCUUACAUCGAAACCUUGAUGGAUUCAUUUCUGACUUCUCAAUUCUGUGGAAAAGCUCAGUGUUGCUUCUUUUUGAAUUCUGACUUCGAAAGGAAAUGAGAAGUCAAACUUUCUGAUUUUACUUGUAUCUCUAAAAUGCAACAAAAGGCUCAUUAGCUUACUAGCAGAAGGAAAGGAAUGUCCAAACUUUAAACCUCCAGGCUCAUUAAAAAAAAAAAAAAAGAAAAAAAAAAAAAAAGAAAAUAUCUGGGAUCUGUUGCAUGUUUAAAUGCUGUAAGUAUGAAUUUUGCCAUGCUACAAGCUGCAUCUCUCUCUGGUUUUCCGACAUUGUUUUUGUAUCCAGGUACAUCUGAUUUUCUGUAUUCUGUUGGAUGUUGGAUUUCAAACAGAAUUAAGGUGAUCACCUCUCUUUUUGCUGACAAAGGCUACUAUAAUAGAUAGAUGAGUAUUUGUUGUGAGUGCCAGGAGGAAUGACUGUUUUGCGGACAGAUAUUGUAGUAGACGGAAGUAUUGAUUGGGUUUCAUUGUAGUAAACAUCGCCAGAUGUUAUCUCAGUGUGUACUGUUUAUGUUAGUAAAUAAAUAAAUCCUCCAGAGCACAAUUAUUCUCUAUAAUGUUUUUUCAAAAGUUUACUAUUGUCUCCUUCUGUAUGUCUAAGUGAACUUCCUCUGCUCUCUGUGCAGCUUGAGAAACCAAUUAGAACAUGUGAAACUGAUUGUAAAAUACAAAUCCUGAUCUACACUCAGAUACUAUGUCAAGGCUGGGUCUGGGAUCUGUAUAUGCCAGCAUCUUGUCUUCGGGUACUCUUUCUUCAUCUGAAACGUUCUCUCGUAGGAAAUAUAUGAACUUCCCCCCUCCCUACUGUUUAUGUUAUCAACCAUGCUGGUAAACACCUUGUCAUGGUUAACACCUGUGUUCUCUGACUCUUGGCAGACUCUCAAAGCUGAUGGGUCACUUGCUAUACAAAAUGAUGAGGUUCCAACAUGGGUGUAGUCACUGAAGAAAGCUGUUAAAUCCCAGUGCUUAUAAGCUCAGUGUGUUAGUUAUUAAAUAAGUUAAACCAGCUCUCAGAAGAGAUCUCAGCUUCCUCAGAGGUUAAGACUCAUGAGAGCCCAGAUUUACUCUUCAGACUGCAGAUGGACAGCGUCACAUUGCAUAGUAGUUCAAUGUGAGAGAUGCACAGAACUCCUGCUUCUGUGCUUUUCUAGCACUACCUUUUUUCUUGGAAGUGGCAUGGCAGAUUGAAGCAUACUUAGAUUUUGCAUUCUCUUGAUCACUGGUAUAAUCUGCUCUCCCAGUAACACCAAGCAAGUUCACAAGAGGUUUUUGAAGUGUAGUUAGUACCCAUAAAACUUCGUGUUAAAUGAGAGCUGAAGUUAUCUACUGGGUAUUCUGAGAGUGAUCUCUUUUUGUUUUUGGUAAAAUUCUAUCUGUUGGGCUGAAGUACUGUUUCCAUGCUUCAGUAGAUUUAGCCAUCUUGUAAUUUAUGGCUUCAAGUAAUGUGUAUUUCCACAGACAUCCAAGUUCCCUUGGCAAAUUGGUUCGCUCUGGAGAUUCCCCAAAACAGACUUCAAACAGCUUCUGUAGGUUUAAAAAGAUGCAGUGUGUAUAUGAAUUCUCUGCUGUGGACCAGCAUUAAUAACCUAACAUCUCCUAAGUAAAAUAAUCUCUCUCUAUAUCAGAUCUUAAGUUUAAAUUCAUAUAGAAGAUGUGCUUUCCCCCACAAGUAAUUAAUAGCAUUGUUGGCUGUUGUUUCUGUUUCUUCCAGUUUAUCAGCUGAAUUUAGUUGUACUUAUUCUCUGUAUUUAGAUACCUUUAGAAUUCUUUCAUUGAUUUUACUAGAGCUCCUGUGAUGGAAGCAUAAACAAGUUGUAUGUUUGUUUAUGUAUUCACAGGUAUCCUUAUAAAACUUUGGCUAUUCCUUUUAAAAUAUUUUGUGAUUGUGGAAAAAGACAUCAAACCCACAUUUGUUCAAUUAGAAAAAAUGAAUAGAUAGCAAAAGAAAAGGAAAAUGUCUCAACUUCUCACCUAUUAUUUCACAUUGUAUCUAUGAAUACUUCAAGUGAUGUCUCUGAAAACAUUGAAGAGAGCUACUUGUUUCUCCAAGUCCCUGUGUAGCAUGUGGAAUAUUUGUCCAUUUAAAAUGCAGUUCUGUUCCUCAUCUCGCUUCCCUUUGCAUAAAGUGCACGUCCAAGCAGCAUCCACUGAAGGAACAAUUUCAAGCUGCAUGCAAACGUCUCAUCAGCUGUGCAUUUUUCCUGUUUCUAAGGAAUAAAGAUCAUAAGUGUGAAAUGAAACAUAACAGGGAGGCACUGGAGUGCAGAUCUGAAGGUAGAAUUUGCAUUGGCUACACUUCAGCACAGAUGGUAGGAAAUCUUAAAUCUACUCGAGUCCUGAGACCUUUAGCCCCUCAGGUUAGCAAACGUAUCUAAGGGAGGAAACUGGUGUAAGUAGUUCCUGAGGGACUCUGAUGAUUUAUGCUCCCUAGAAGAAAGAGCCACGGGGAAUAUGCCUGAGCAUCACUGUUUUGUUGGCUGUAGUAGGAUUUUUGUUUAGUGCAACAGCUUUCCUAAUCAUCAGUUAACCAGUCAUGUCCAUAAUAAAGUAAAAGGUGCAACACAACCCUCCUCAGGGUUAGUAUUCUGCAAAAUCAAAUGCCUCAGUUGUUCCUCCCAUCUAGGCAGGAGAAGUAGACCAGAGAAUAACCAAAGCUUGUGGUUACUGUCUGUGCCCCCUUUGAUUUUAAGGGGUGAGGAAUGCAUAAGCUUGCUGCACAUCCUCCUCAGUAAUUGUGAUAGAAAACAUUUGUGUAAUUCUCCUGUCCUCUGCUCUUGGCUCUGAAGUGAAACAGGGACUUCCUAUCAAACCAGAAGCUUUGAAGAAAAUUUAGGACUCCUGAUCUCUUGGAGAAACAGUUCACAUUUCAGGUAAAUGGUGCAUCUCUUAGCUGAUUUGACUACAGGGGGGCUGGUUUGUUUCCUGUUUGAUAUAGAGAGAGAGCUGUACUUCUCUGUUCAUGCUGCACAUUUGUAUGCACCAACCCUGUCUUUUAAUGGAAAGUUCCCACAAUAAAGUGGGAACUCUUUGUCAUGGACCAGUUUAGUUUUUUGGCAUCUCCCUACGUUACUGUGUGCAGUGAUGCUAGUUAAUGCUCAUUGAGGCAGUGGGUUUGUGAUGCUGGUUUUUGGCCUAAAGUGGAUUGAGAUUCAUAAAAAAAUAAUCUCAAAUCACAAAGCCACCAUGGGAGUUUUAUAGCUUCUGUGACUAUCUCACUUGGGCUAGAUUUGAAUCAGCAAUCAGGAGGUGAACGGUUUUAUUCUUAUCCCACUACCAAUUUCCUGAGCUAACAUAAUCUAUAUGUAUGUGUGUGUUACAAAAUUUUAUUUUCCAAUUGAAUGCGUCCAUCUUUUGAAAAUAGGUUAAAAAACAAAAGACAAAAUGUAAAGGAAAUUUACCUUCCAAAAAAUACAGAGCAGUUAUCAGGACUUUAAAAUAUAUGUAAACAUCAGUUCCUGCCAAGUUAGUCAUUACUAAGAGUUAACAACACGGGGGAUUGAUUGAGAGAAUGAUUGUUGCUGUAGAAUGAUGAUUUAAUAAGAGAAUAUCUGAUAGAUUUGACAUGCUACAUAAAAUGUGCAGAACGGUUAUUCUUUGGUAAAUUGCAACUUUCGUUUGUACCCCUUACAGCCGUGUUUGUUCUGUGCCUUGCCACAUUUACCUUCUUCCCUGUUAUUCUCUUUCAUUUCUAUAAAUCAUUAGUAUUCACCAUUGUUAGACAUGUCAGAAAAAAGGCACACACCAUUUCCCUUCCCCUUCUUGCCUUCUUUUACACCUUCACCCGGUUUGUUUUCCCAUAGUCACCUACCAGCUCUGUUGUUCAGGAGGGCACUGCCAGAUGUCUUGCUCUCCAUUUUGAAAAGAUGGCUACUGAGAACUCAAUUUUAUUGCCUCAUGCUACUGCUUUUUUUUUUUCAUGCACACCCAUUUCUCACUGUUCUGGCUGAUUACUAUCUAUCCAUUGCUUAGUCCUAGCAACACGCUUGGUGCUUUAUAAGUCAGAAAAUGAAGGCUGUCUUGGCUCUAAGUUGUUGUUUUACAGGACGAAUAGAUGAAAAAGCCCUUCUAUUGUUCCCAUCUUUAUGGAGGAGCCGGGCUCUGUCCUAUUUUUCAGCAAUAAUUUAUGAGAGGUUACUUUUUCUGAAAUGCCCACUACCUCUGUGAAGAUCCUAUUGCAAGUGUUGCCAGCAUGCUUAGUCUUUCGUAAAGCCUGGUGGUGUAUGCAGGCCAUGCUCAGGUAAUAGGAAUCACCUUGAGGUAAGCUUUUAUACCCUUUUCCAGCAUAUAGGGUAUGCUGAAGUCAGAGUCUGGGCUAAAAAGGGUCUUCUACUUGCUUCAGAAAAAUGUGGGGCUAUCCUUGCUGCUUGUACUGUAUGAACAAUAAUAAUUAAAAAAAAUAAUCCUAGAGUCUGACUACAACAAAUAAAUUCCAAAACACCCUCUGCACUAUUUCUGUUGUUGUGCCAAAGAGCAUAACAUAAAAUGACUGAGAAUAACAUCAAUUCAAAACAACAGCACACAAUAGUGUAAUUUGACCCUAAGCACAUUAAAAAAAAAAAAAAAAAAAAAAAAAAAGGCUUAAAAGAAACAGGAGGAAAAAGGCAAAAAUGGGACUGUGGACUGGCAUUACAAACAGUGUCAUGAAACUACAGCCAGAGGUAUAAGCCUAGUAGAAAGAAAAAGAGAAGGGGGUUGGGGGGCGAGUUACUUAUGAAUCAGUACAACUGUGCUUUGUUCUGCAUGAGUGUUUUAAUAGAGCAAGUGUAAUAUAAGGAUCAGGUGGGCUCGUGGGAAUGGAACAAAAGGUUUUGUAAAAUUAAAGCAAAAUAAUUAUAGCUCUAGGUGUAGAGUGAGCACACUCCAGCAGUUGAUAGCAGGAACCUGUUCAGAAUGGAGAAGGGAGGAGGGAGAAAGAUGCAGUUAGAAAGCUGUUUUUUUUUUUUUUCCUUUUUAGUAUUUUUGUAAAUAUACAUACACAAACAUACCUAAAAUAAACAAAUGUAUAUAUGUAUGUUAGCGAAGACUUUUAAUCUGUGGCAGUUGCAAACAACUUUAGAAGUGAUUAAUAAUACCCUCACACAAAAAUGCAUUAAAAUGAAAAUUUAAGGAAUAGUCUCAAAUGAAUUAAUUAGCAAAAAAAGAAAAAAUAAUCUCAGCAGAUCACUCUUUUUAGUGGAAUAGAGGACUAGAACCUAAAACAGGUGUGAUCCUAUGACAUGAGAUUCAAGUAUGUUCUCCCUGUAAAAGCCCAACAAGGAAUAUAUAGAAAGUGCUAAGUGCACCAAUUAAUUAAGCUCAAUGAUACAGAAGUGGAUGUGAUCUUCUGGGUGCCACAGGAAGGAUUUCAGCAAUACAUUGUGUUAAAGGAUUUCCCACAUUUGGGCAAAGCAUUCUUGCAGCUCUCUUGCAGGAGAGCUGUUUCCUACCUGAAUUUAAGAGCAGUUUUACCUGUAAGAUGGCAGCUAGGUUGAUCCUAAGGUAGCCUCAACGUGUCUGGAUUUUUGCUUUUACUUUCCUUUGCCGUCUGUGUACGUAUGUAUGUAUGUAGUAAGGAUGCUGUGUAAAGGUAACUCUCUCACCAAAAGAACUUCUGCCCCAUAAUCACAGCCCUUUUCGAGUUGUUGGCUGUCUUCAAUGAUGUGACAAAAGAAAUACUGGGAAGGCACUACAGGUGUGCAUGUUUCUCUUUCUAGGUAAGUCGUGUUAGGUUCAAAAUGUCUGGAAUCUGUCCCGGUUGUGGGCAGUGACUUCCAAACAAAUACCUUACUUUUCUUUGUGUGUAUAUGAAAAGAAUUAAUGAACACCAGUUGCCUUGAUUCUACAUGGCACCUGUGGGUGAGGAUGGGCUCCUUCCUUCCUGUGUGCUGUUAUGUAGAGUGCUACAAGGAAAGCAAGUGUAAAUCGGUGCAUAUGUCCUGUGGAAAGGAUCUGGUUUUGUCACAGAGCCACAACAGCUUCCCCCUGUGGUGGAAGGCUUGUGAUGGGCACAGCUAUUCCCACCUGUCCGCACCGUGAGAGGCAGGCAGGCUGCAGCAGGGAGGUUGUGAGGCGGCCACGAGCUGUGGUAGCAGGCCCAGCUACUACAGAUGGCUGGCGCGUGAGAUAAGGCCCUGGCAAGGAAGGGGGCCGAUCAGCCCACCUCCCACCACAUUUCCACUUCUUCUGUCAUCAGAUUUCCCUUAUUCAGAGUUUGCUCAGGAUAAUUGUUCACAGACAAUAUAUUUUUGUGCUCACGCUGUAAUCAGAGGCUGUUGUCAGUUGGAGCAGAGCGCAUCUCUUAGGUGGUGCUUUCUGCCAGAACGUGGAGGCUGAGAUCAGAGUGAAGCUUUACGAGCUCCAUUUGGUGCUUUUUACUUCCGUCUUGUUUCUCUCUCUGCAGGGGAUGUGAAACUAGAUUUGUCCUGUUUCCACAGCAGGGUUUUGGUUUAUUUUGUUUUUCCAUAGCAUUUCAUUCAGUGGCGCAAAUCCAGAGGAGACUGUGUUGCAGAGAUGGAUUUGAAUGUCAGACAGAAAGAGUUGUGUUUAAUAAACUCUUUGUUGUAAAUUAUAGAAACUAGAGAGCAGGAGGCCUGUGUUUAAUACAAACAUUCUGUGGUUAAAUUAUCACUUUAGACGUUUACCCCAUAACAUAAAGAGCGAUGAAAAAAGGAAACUUUGCUAGAGGGGUUUCUUAAGGGUAUGAAGCUGAAGACUGAAAUUCCUUAGUUAUGGGCAGUCAUCUUUAACUCCCUCUGCCUUCUGUCUUUUAUUUCCUCUGAAACCUAAAUUGAUUAUCAUAUAAUCCACCCUGAAAUUGAGUUCCUAAAUCUCCUCUUUGUUCCUAUAAGAGGUCUGUGGCAAUAGGAAAGAUCGGGAGUGUUAAAGAGUAACCAAAAAUCCCAUUUACCCCCUGAUUGUUCAGUAUUGUGUCCCACUUGUAUUCCUUCUUCUGUCUUUCAUCUUAGAGGUGGCAGCCUAACAAAAUUUGAGUGACAGUAUGGGACUACUUAAAAGAAAAAGGCAAAAAAAAUAAACAAACCCCAAAACUGUAGUAGGCUUUCAGGAAAAAAAUAAAAUAAAAGGUGCUUUAGCAUUAUAAUAUGGUAUUUGAAGAUGACAGCCCAACACGCAAACAGUUGAAUGUGCAUCUCCCCUUAUACAUAAUGACUUCUGCUUAUCUCCCGUGCUCACCAGCUUUUGAAAGCUCCUUUCUGUUUCUUAUAGCAUGAGUUACGUAUCUGUGUUGAUAUCAUUUCAGAGUGAUUUGUCAACAUGAACCUAUUGUGAAAUUAAAGGUCAGUAGCAGGCCAGGCAUUUGACAGGGUAGGCAAUGCUCACUGGAAAGGAAGAGAUCAAGAAUAACACAUCAAAUCCCAAAUCUUCAGAUGUGCCUCAUGACUAGUGCAUUUUGCUGUUUAGGAACAGAGAAGCUUCAGAGUAGAGCUCUCAUUCACAGCGAGACAAUAUGCCAGUAUCUGUCACAGUCUAAGUCCUUGCAACACUAUUGAAGUAAGAGAAUUCGAGUCCCAGAUUCUUCAAUUCUUUUAAUUUUCCUUCUUGUUAUUUGAGUAAAUCCAGCAUACAUACAUGCACAAACAUACACACACAGAUGUACUGGUUUUUGUUUUCCAGAGCAUGGACAUAAAAGUAAUAAAAAUAAAGCAGAAUCAUGGUUUUUUUUUUUGCUUUUUUUUUUUCCCCUUUGUCCUUUUAUUUUCUGGCAAAAGGUACUUCAUAAGUAGUUUAUUUUCCAGCUUCAUUUUCUUCCAUUUACUCUCUGCUAGGAAAAAAGUCUAAAGGAUUAAGACAGAAACAACCCCGUAUUAUAUAAGUCAAUAAAUAAGCAAAAAGUGUUCCAAAUUGCACUCAAAAAAACAAACAAACAAACAAACAAAAAAACAUUCUACUUCUCCUCAGAAAGAACUGAUGCAAUGCUAUUCACAUUUCCCUGCUUUCCUUCCAUCUAUUUUGGAAUUCAAUGAACAGUAACGUACAGACAGCAGUAAAGACUGCUAUCCUUUUCUUUGUUCUUUCAUCUGAUUCUCCUGCUCCCAGUCUGUAGGAGAAUGAAUCUAGUCUGGCUAGAGAAUUUGCACCUUGCUUUUCUCAUAAGGAAGAUGAAGUUUUUUAGAUAACAGUAGGGACAAUUUCUGGUCUCAUUGAAGUCAUUGGCAGUUUUCCAGAUGAUUUGUUAUGAGAUUUGGCCUUGAGAAAAAGGAUCAGUCACACUCAUCUCCUUUUUAUUCUGAACUAGAAUGACCCAUAUCACUACCCAGUGAUGGCUGCCUAGGAUACUAGCAGUGAAUUUUUGGAAAAUGAUCAAAAGUUCAAAUAUAUGCAAGAAUGCAUGAAACCCACUGUCUAAGCAACCAGAGAGAAUGCAGUUGGCCUCAGCAAAAUACAUGAUUAAAUAGAACCAAAUAAAGCUGGAAGCUUGUUAUGAAAGAUCAUCUAUAUCCAUUUUAUUAUUUGUCUGUAGAAAUUGUGUUAGGAUGAGGCCUGGAACAGUCAUUUCAAACCUAAAUGUAAGUAUGCAUCUUCCUGCAUUCUCUAAAAUUUUUUGGUUGCACAGCACUAUAAAUGGUGCAAAACAAAGUCUCUUUUCCAAGCUCCCUACAGUGAACAACUUAAGAACAUUUAGUUUUAGCCGGUUUUAGGACUUUAUGUCCUCAGAGAAUAAAUACUGCCCCUUUGAUCUCCAGAUAUAAAAGUCACUAUUUCCCAGGAGCUGGAGAAGAUCUGGGGCCCAGGAGCAGAGACAGAGACAAAAAAUGGGAGCCUGGCAGCUCUGGUCCAUUCCCAGUAUUGCUGCUGACUCCAGUAAUUGGAAAAAAAGCUAUCAGUGAUCCCCAGUAAUCCCUAUUUCUGAAAUGAAUUUAAGAGUACUCAUCUGUUUUAGCAACAUUCAUUAAGGAAGGAAACAAAGUAAUGUCAAAUAAAUAGUCAGUACUCUCUGACCUUACCAUUAACUUCUUUCACAUUUUUAUGAAAGCAGGUAGUUUGCAAAGUAAAUUCACAGGCACCUGAUUUGGUGCGUCUCUGUCCUUUGCGGUGCCCUUUCCUAUGGGAGAGGGGAAGAUGAAAAAACGAGACUUGAAUCCAACAGUUUUCCUUGUGUAUUGGAGGGGAGACGCGGAAUGCGGGAUGGCAGGUCAAAGAGAAUAUAAGAUUGCAUUACAAUACAGCUGUGUCUGCAUUUGAAAGCAUUUCACUAACAUGUUGUUAUCCAGAGUUUUCCCUUUCAACAUUUCUUGUAGGAGGUGAAUUUUCCAGUUGGUUUGGCUUUGCUGUCAAAAAAGUCAAGCUAAUUUUUUUCUUUCUUCUGAUUAAGUGAAUAAAAUGCUAAGAGUAAUUAAGCCAAGGAUCUGUUUUUUUUUUUUUUCCUCUUUAAUUUCUAACCUAAUAAACAAACUGCUUGUAUCCAUCUUUAUAGAGAGAUUUUAAAACCACUACUGAAAGUAUGCUGUAAAAACACCCUUUCUCACUUGAGAGACAAAAUCGCUUUGAUGACCCUCAAACCUUGUGUGUUAAACUCACAAGUAGAAAUCAUGUUUUUCAUUAUUCCUGUUACCUCAAGGUUACUUCAGGGCUAAGGUUUCCUGUGAAGAUCAAACAAGAGUUGUGGGUUUUUUUUCAUCCUGUCUUGCACAUCCUCACUUAUGUCCAGAUUAUGCCCUCUGAAAGUACUAAGCGGCAGUCUCUGUGGCCUUGGAGCUGGAGGGAGGAUUGUUUGGUGUUUUAAAGGCUCUGAUCAGCAGACCAAGAGAAAUCUGUUUUUUUUCUUGUUUCUGGCUCUGUAACCUUGGAAAAGUCAGUAUGUCUGUGACUAUGUUCCCCAGCUGCAAAGGGCAGGGGGAUGCUAUUUCCUUGCUGCAUAGAUCCUUUGAAGAUAAACCUGCUCUUGGAAAUCAGUAGUAAGCACCAGAAAAUACAUAUGUUAGUCAGGUUUCCUGCAUGUGCCCCGAGUGAGGAUGUUUCUCUCCCAUUGCCCAGUCCUGGAGAUCUACCAUGCUUGAAGGCACUCUGUGCUCAUUCCUGAGUGUGCCUUGUCAGCAGCUACUUUAGGAAACAUCUGCUUCUCCCAACACUGUUUCCCCCGCUGUUGAAUAGGGCUGUUGACAUACAAGAGAGGUCUGCAUGCUCUUCUCAUGCUUGAAGGUGGUUUGCCCAACCUGACUUAGUACUUGGGAGUUUUUGAUCCCCUUUGUAGGGAGAAAGGAGUUGUUUUAGAGCUCUAAUGUAACAUUUUUUUCCAUUAUUUAUUUUCUGCAAAUGUUCAUGUUCCCGAUGAACUUCUUUUUGAAAUGUUUUGCUGGAGCCUUAUCCACAUAGGCUGAUCAUAUGUGCCCCAGAUAUAAACAGGAAGAAAAGGUUUCCAGUUCCAUCUGCUGCAGUCUAGAACAAUUUUAUCCACCAUUUGCUGAGAGAAAGCAAUUCUGAUUUAAAGGGCAUGUAAGCUGUGUUAUUAGUCUGAUAGGAUAAUGUAUUACAUUCUUUUUUCCUAGUGAAUUUUUAAACCUGAGCUGAAAAUAAGUGCAAUUCAUGAGCUGUAAGUAAAGAUGUAAAAAAACCGGAGGAAGAAAAAGAAAUUGGAAUUUACAUUAAUAGCAUAAACUGAGCACCUGGACAGUUGGUUAAAACCCCUCCAGAAAGAAUCUUCGACCAAACACCCAGCCAGCUCUUUUCCAGCAACUUUCAGCAGAGGUAAAUGGGAAACCCCACCAAACAAACAAACAACAACAACAACAAACAGCCAAUUUGUGGAUGCAACUGCUUCACCAGGGCUCUGAAUUCCUUUACCUCUUGGUAACAGUGUAGACCACCCAGGUGGCUCCUACUGCUCACCAACCAGCUGAAGCUCUCCCUCCUCAAGCUGGGCUGCUGACAGACCCAUCCUUGUAAAUUUGGUGUUGGUAGUAGUGGAUUCUGGCAGAAGGAGCUCAGGUUUGUGUCAGCGUCAGCAGCUGGCCUGUGGAUUUCAGUAGGUAUUUACUGGAUAAAGGCACAGCAUCUAGCACCUGAAUUUUAAUUCUCCUGAGCCUGCUGAAUCCUUUGUUACUCACUUACCAUUCCUAAACAUGGAUGGCAUUUGCUGGAUGUGCUUGCCUUUUCCUCAAAAUUAGCAUUUUCUUUUAAGUUUCCUAUUUUGAGUUCUGUUUUACUCUUUUGUAGCAGCUGGAAGAGCCCAGCUAUAGCUGGCACGUGGUGGUGACCCAUUGCGUGUAGUGCUGAGAGGCAGAACUGUGAGGAGAUGGCUUGGAGGUGCCGGUACCGCCAAGCUUUGUGGCCCCCCCAGAAAGCACCAAGGCGUGCUGCGAGGCAUGCUGAGAGAGAUGUUUCUUGCAAGAAACCACCAGAGGAAGUCUGUCUAGUUUCAGAAAAUUAAAGUAUCUUUGAAACUGAAAGCAAACAGGAGCUUCCACGGGAGAGAAAACCAAAAGUGCAUUUAAAAAGUUACAGUCAUUGCGUAUCCAUUUGUCCAUCCGUUCCAAAUUCAGUAGUAGUUUCUUGCCAAAAAGCAAGAAAAAGCACCCAAAAAGAGGCAGGGCCGCACAGAGCUCUGCUGCCAAAGCACAAUGCCAGGCAGCGAGGAGGGGAGGCCGUGCUCCGCUGUCGUCCCCCCGAGGGACGGCUGUGAAGGAAGGAAGCAGAUCACAGUGUGUGAAGUCUGAGAAGUGACAGCGUUUUGCACUCAAGGCAACUGCACAAGGUUACCUGAGGACAGUGUCUGGCUCUACUAGCUGAUUGCUUUGAGCCUUCAAAAAUCCAGUUAAUGGGGGCACCUCUGAAGCAAACCAGAUAUCCCUUUUACCGCGCAGUCCCUGUUGAGAAGAGUAUAAUUUUACAUUAAUUACACUGGAUAAGUAAGAAUUUGUUAUGUUCCAACUUGAUCCAGUAAAUUCCCAUUUAACCCAGUUGUCCCUAUUAAGUGUGUCAGCUCUCCUUUCAAAAGCUCCGCUAUGCAAAGACAAAUUAGUGUAUUAAUGUGAAAAUACGUACUUUAAGGCAACAAAAAUUAGGAAACCCUUAUCCUUUUUUUUCAGAAAGAAUUAUUUAUUACAGAAUAUUACAAUGAACUCUGAUUGCUUACAGUUGUUUAUAAAAAUCAAAUUUAUUUUUCUUCAUGCUUUUUAUUUUCUCACUUCUAAGCCUUAACAGAAUUCCACUUGUCACUUUCGUUUUCAUUAAUGUACUUUCAUUCUCUCUAAUGUACUUUCAUUUUGUUUAAAGUUGAUUUAAAGUUUCGUUUUCAGAUUCUCACGUAAAUAUUGAAAAAAAAUUGACCUGAAAGUACCUCCUAAGACUCAUCUAUUCUUUUCUGCUCUCCUUAAAUUAUAUAUAGUGUAUACUAGACAAUAGCCAGAUCUAAUUCUGAACUACUUUGUCAGUUGAAGUUAAAGCCUAGGGGAAAACCAUCAGUUUAUCUUGCACGUAGUUAGUACGUAACUCCAUUCAACCAAAGUUGAGUGUGUUUUCCAAGACCUUCCCAUUGGAGCACAGGUUCACUGUCAUCCUAUUGAUACCAAGGAGAACUGUCUGUCUUCUGCCUGUGGAUAAGUGAUGGGUCCUAAGUGGACGCCUAAAAGUUUUCCUGUUUUUAGGAGUAUUAACCAUCAAGUGGAUUUUAUGUGUUUAGAAUUUUCACAGGAAAGUCAGGCUUAGGGAAGAAUGGAGCAGUGGGGUUUUAGUGUUUUGUGUGUGUGUUUAUUUUUGAUCUUUCACACGCUAUUUGUUUUGUCAUCCCAUUUCACUUCUGUUAAAUGGUGUCUUGUGUGCAGAAGGUGGUCUCGGAGCUCAAAGAUCUCCUUACAGUUAGGCAGGUGGGUUUGGAGAGGAGAGUUAAAUAAUUUCUGAUGUGAAAUAACAAUCAAUUUGGGCAUAUGGCGCUUUGAGAUAUGUGUACAAUAAUCUCAGAUAUGUCUGGAUUGCUUAAGCUCAUUAUUCACUUGUUGCUCUUUAGCAUCUGAUACAUGGGAUACGCACAAAAUAAAUGCAUUUUAUUAAGAAUGUUUGAUAGCUCUGGUGCUGUUCAUGCUCAGAAUGUGAUAUUUUAGAGUGCAUGUUUGUAUACAAGGAAUUAUUGUUGCAUUUUAUCAUCCCAUGGUUUGAAUGUGUGGAAAAUGUUUUGCUGCAAUAUCACUGCAUCAUAUAAAACACACGUGGUAAUUCUAAAUGUAGUAGUGUCCAUGACAUGAUGUUAAUCGUCAGCCUUUGGCCCACCAGUUGUUUUCACUCUUGUAAGAAGUAACCAGACCCAAAGUGACUUUGAAAGGUGAUCCAUUUCUAUCCUAAUAUGGAUUUAAAUGGAAUAUUUCUCAUGCCGUUCAGUCCCAAGUGGGUCAUUUCUUCUUCUGCUGUUCCCUAUAAGCGUCUUCUUGUUUUGUAUUUCAGAACCUGGAUUUUCAUUUAGCAAUUAAUGUGGGUGAUUCAAGUCACUCCUUCUGUAUUUUAUUAAUUUUUGCCAAAUAUAGUAUUUCUCAGCCUACUAUUGAUUGAGCAGAAUGGGGCUUGCCUACACAAAAUUUCUUAGGAAAUACAAUUUGCACAUCCAGAUUUUUAACUACACCCACUCUCCCCAUUAUUGCAAGGUGUUAAUCUAGUUGUAUGAUGCUGCCUGCACAGAUGCAUACCUUCUUUAAAAAUAGGUUAUGUGCCUAAAUCCUUGAGAGAGCUUGAAUACGGGAUUUUUCUAGACCUUGGUGCUCACCGAAUAUUUAGCUCUUGUGGUUACCGUAACAGUUUUUGUGAAGGCUUUUCCGUGCUUUUAAAAGGUGCUUUUAGUAAUUAGUUUAAUCCUAAAGUGCAGCUGAGUUCUUUUGCAGCAAAAGCAACUACUAAUUUUAAAAGUAAUUUUAAAUUUACACGUAUCCAUUUUAACAGUACGUUUGACUUGAGUACUUCUUUUCCAGAAAUCUACCCUGGAGAAAAUGUUUUUAAUCAGGUUAAAAUGGAGGCAAGAUAGAAAAAAAAAAUGUUUGCUGUGGCUUGACUGCAGCAGUGCUAAUGAGCUCUGCUCUAAUACAUGGAGGAACAUAUGGCCCCCAUCUGAAUACAAACUGGACACAAAGCAGUAAUUCAGCUGAGAUGUCCUGAAUAUUGUAAACUGGGUGAAUGUGGUUGAAGGUGUUUAUAAACGGUGGCUGAAUCCCACACACUGACUCACUGCCUUCUAAUGUCCGGGGCUCAAGGUGCUGUUUGUAAGAGUAUAGAAAAUGACCCAGAGAGGGAAUUCUUAAUUAAUGCUAACAAAAUAGCUAACUGAAGUGUUAUGUUAUGAAGAAAAGACUUCUUGUGCUCAUGACGCAGCAAGAGACGGAUUAUGGAGAGGGCGAGUUAGGAGAAGAAAAAUCACAGGACAAGCAAAUUGAGUAUUUACUGGCAAAUAAUUGCUCUCUUAAGCUGUGGCUCUCUUCCUAAAUUCUUGGCAUUCCUGAGCACUAGAACUGUGUUUUUAAAAAUGCAUCGUUACAGAGUAGAUGCAAAAAAACCCCUCAAAGGCUGAUAUUACAGGCUUGUGCAGAUAUAUAGAGGCAUGUUAUAGAAAUAUGUAUUAAGAAGUCCCUGAGUCCUAGGAGAACAUAUCAAGUUGACUCUGGCUAGAAGCAAACAAAUUACCUUCGUGGUCCUGGUCCUUUGGUUCCACACAAUUAUCAACUAAGCUGAAGGAGAUCUCCCUAUAGCUCAGUGGUUGGCAGUUUUCCUCAACUUUGCAAGAGAGAGAGAGAGAGAUUUGGUUGGAAUGAAACCUUGCUCUUCGUGCAGUCUGCUUGAGAUGCAGCUUUGAAAGAUCACUCACAGUCAAUUUGUGGCCUUCCUCUGAAGGAACCUUUCCUGACUCUUGUACACAGCCUCUCUCUGUUCCCUGCCCCAAUGAACGUGUGCACUAAGUCCAAGGCUUGGAGUAAUUUACCUGAGGAGUGAUACCAUUUGGAAACCACUGAAGAAACCCAAGACAGCUGAAAACCAGAAGGCGUCUGAGGAGAAUGAGAUUACUCAGACGGGUGCAUGCAGCGCCAAGCCAGGCCUUCCCUGCCUGAACCUUGAAGCUGUUCCGUCUCUGAGCCCGGCCCUCAUCUACUCACCACAUUCACCAACAAACUUACACGCACACACAGGGUCAUCUGAUUGAGAACAUCUUAAAUACCUAUUCUCAUGAAGUGGAAGUAAUAGGGUCAAACCAAGUAGUAAGCAAUGUUUUGUGAUGGGAAGCAUACUGAGAGGCUGGCACUCAAAAGGCGAUAAAGAUAAAUGGGUACCUAUGGAAUAACUUACCAUGGCUUACUGUAACAUCAGUUGCAAGGGGAUGACAGAGCGCAUUCAUAGCAUCAACCUUCACAACUUCAGCAAUUCUGUGCUCGAGACCCUCAACGAGCAGCGCAACCGUGGCCACUUCUGUGACGUGACGGUCCGCAUCCACGGGAGCAUGCUACGCGCCCACCGCUGCGUGCUGGCGGCUGGCAGCCCCUUCUUCCAGGACAAGCUGCUGCUGGGCUACAGUGACAUCGAGAUCCCCUCAGUGGUGUCAGUCCAGUCUGUGCAAAAGCUCAUUGACUUCAUGUACAGUGGGGUGCUGCGGGUCUCGCAAUCAGAGGCCCUUCAAAUCCUCACAGCUGCCAGCAUCCUGCAGAUCAAGACUGUGAUUGAUGAGUGCACAAGGAUUGUCUCACAAAAUGUAGGAGAGGUCUACCCGGUGAUUCAGGAUUCUGGCCAGGAGACACCCAGAGGAACACCCGAAUCAGGCACCUCGGGACAGAGCACUGACACAGAGUCUGGCUAUCUGCAGAGCCACUCACAGCACAGUGUGGACAGGAUCUACUCAGCCCUCUAUGCCUGUUCCAUGCAAAAUGGCAGUGGGGAGCGCUCCUUCUAUAGUGGAGCUGUGGUCAGCCACCAUGAAACAGCCCUGGGUCUCCCUAGGGACCAUCACAUGGAAGACCCCAGCUGGAUUACCAGGAUCCAUGAACGGUCACAGCAGAUGGAGCGGUAUCUCUCUACCACUCCAGAGACCACACAUUGCCGCAAGCAACCACGCCCUGUCCGAAUUCAAACCUUGAUGGGCAACAUCCAUAUUAAGCAGGAGAUGGAGGAUGACUAUGACUACUAUGGCCAACAGAGAGUGCAGAUCCUUGAGCGCAAUGAGUCUGAGGAAUGCACUGAGGACACUGACCAAGCAGAAGGCACUGAGAGUGAACCCAAAGGGGAGAGUUUUGACUCAGGAGUCAGUUCCUCCAUUGGUACUGAGCCUGAUUCUGUGGAGCAGCAGUUUAUGACUGGUCUGGGCAGGGAUGGGCAGCAAGAAUCUUCUCAAGCAGAUCAAAAUGAUAUCCCUGGUGAUGGUAGUCAGCCUCAGCAGCAGCAGCAGCAGCAUGUGGAUGCCAACUCUUCCUCACCAGAGAGAAGCAAUGACGUUGAAAUGGACAGCAAAGGGCUCACAGUCAAUAACAGCACCGAAAAGGGGGCUUUGCAGCCUUCUGUCAACACAACUGUUGCCCAACCGUUGCCAACCACACAGAUCUACUUACGCCAGACAGAAUCCCUCACCAGCAAUCUGAGGAUGCCACUGACUCUGACCAGCAACACUCAGGUCAUUGGCACAGCUGGCAACACGUACCUGCCUGCCCUUUUCACCACACAGUCUGCUGGCAGUGGCCCUAAGCCUUUUCUCUUCAGCUUGCCCCAGCCCAUAGCUGGCCAACAGACACAGUUUGUGACAGUGUCCCAGCCUGGCCUGUCAACUUUCACUGCUCAACUGCCAGCCCCUCAGCCCUUGGCCCCAUCUGCGGGCCACAGCACAGCAGGUGGGCAAGGUGAAAAAAAGCCUUACGAGUGCACUCUCUGUAACAAGACUUUCACCGCCAAACAGAACUACGUCAAGCACAUGUUUGUACACACAGGUGAGAAACCCCACCAGUGCAGCAUCUGUUGGCGCUCCUUCUCUCUAAAGGAUUACCUAAUCAAACACAUGGUGACGCACACCGGUGUGAGGGCCUACCAGUGCAGCAUCUGCAACAAGCGCUUCACCCAGAAGAGCUCCCUGAAUGUGCACAUGCGUCUGCACCGAGGGGAGAAGUCCUAUGAGUGCUAUAUCUGCAAGAAGAAGUUCUCCCACAAGACCCUGCUGGAGAGGCAUGUGGCUCUGCACAGUGCCACCAACGGCACACCUGGAGCCACCGGCACUGGCGCGAGGGCCGUCCCCGCCGGGGUGGUGGCCUGCACAGAGGGGACCACGUACGUCUGCUCUGUCUGUCCAGCUAAGUUUGACCAAAUUGAGCAUUUCAACGACCACAUGAGGAUGCAUGUGUCAGACGGAUAAGUAGAAUCUCUCUCUCUCUUUGUUAUGAACAAAAAAUAGAAACAACAACAAAAAAAGCUAUGGCACUAGAAUUUAAGAAAUGAUUUUUGUUUCAUUUUUACCUUUAUUUUCCUCCUUUUUUUGGGUUCGUUUCGUUUUGUUGUUUUUGUACUACAUGAAGAACUGUUUUUUGCCUGCUGGUACAUUACAUUUCCGGAGGCUGGGUGAAUAAUAAUUUUCCCAGCCUCCCUCGGAUGGUGGCCUUAAGGCCAGGUAGUGCUUCACGAGCUCCACUGGUUGGAUCUCUAACUACUGGCCUCUAAAUACAACCCUUCUUUACUACAAAAAACAAACAAACAAACAAAAAAAUCAUAAAAAAUCAAAAAAACAGACAGAAAAAAUAAAAAAAAAACAAUUUCUUUUUUCUCACUUGUGAAGAGCACUACAAAAAAAAAAAGAAACAAAACAAAAUAUAUUACAAAAUCUACAAGGCCUACUGUCGUUAUAAGUACACCGCUCGCAGUGUUUCAAUGGACAUAAUUCACAAUGCUGACCGCUUUUGGACUUCACAGUAUCCAGUUAGAACUGUGGAAUAUUUUGCUUCUGGUUGAGCAGCAACCAGAGGAACCAAGGCCCUGCUGGUCUCCACCACGUGUCUGCUUUCUCACACACACAAACCCAGAAACACAAAAGGGCUGAGGGGAGUGCAAGGCAGUGUGGCUUGGAUAGUGUGGAGUCCCUGCAGGAUGAGGAAAAAGAAUCAGAGGUUCCUCACCUGGAUUCUGCUCCAUCCCACGCUCUCUGGCUCACCCUCCCCGCUGCUUUUCCCAUAUCAUCACCACCUUACAGCAGAAACCAAGAAGAUUCAGACAACGAGCAACGGUGGCUUUUUGUAAUUUAUUCAGUGUCUUCGCUGAGCCCAGGGCCUCAGCACAAUCAAGAGGGACUUUCACAGAAGGCAAAGAGAAACACAGAGGAAAAUCAAAGAUAUCAGAGGUUGCAACCUAUGGAUCUAGGUACAAGAGAAGGGUUAGUUCCCACAAUCUUUGCAAAAAAAAGAAAAAAAAAAAGUUGCAUCAGGAUUUAUUCUUGUGGAAGAAGGAGGAAUAGAGGGUGGGCGGGGAGGGGAAUAAUUAAAAAGGACAAGAGUUCUUGGGACUUUUUUUAAUUCAAAAUUUUAUAGAGGGGCAAAAGUGACGUUUACCAGAUAGAAUGCUGAUUUUUUUAAUAUAUUUACAACAGUAUUUGUGUAAAAAAAAAAAAACAAAAAGUGAGAUUGUUAAAAGUAAUUUUUUUUGUUUUCUUUUUUGUUUUGCGUACACUGCCACUAAUAUCUUCUCUUUUAUUAUAUAUAUGAAUAUAUAUAUAAAUAUAUAUUUUAUUUUAAAUUGAGACUGUUAAGGUUAGCUAACCUGCUUCCAGAUAGAGGGGGGAGGGGAGAUGAUCUUGAUUUUUAUUUUAAAAAAGAGGAAGGAUGUUUCUUAAUUUUUUUUUUUCCGAGUAUUAUUUCUCUCUCUUUCUCUCUCUCUCUCUUUUCUAAUGGAAUCAAGAAUUACCUGGGUCGAUGAGGGGCUCUGUGAAGUCAUCUGUGGGAUUAUCUACUAGAGUUUGUGCGUCCUGCAGUAUGGGUUAUACUUCUACUUUGUUUUUGAGUUAUGUGGUUCUCUUUUGGCUCUUACCAAGGUUCUGUUGUUUCUGGUUUUGGUUCCAUCUCCAAACUUAUUUCCACUGAAGGGAGAUUCCUUUUGAGAAAGAGAUUUUCUCUUAAUGUUCCCUUGGUUUGGGGGAUGAUAGAAUUUGUAGCCUUUUCUUGUCUUUCUUCAUUUUUGCAAAUGUAAUGAAAGUUUUGGAAGUAUGUAAUAACUAGGAUUCCCCUUCUUUUUGGUCACUGGACGAGAAUUAAUAAGCUGCAUUAUUCUCUCAUCCCUGCCUUGCUCGCUAGAGAGCUUCCGUAUUUGUGUGGGAAUCUGAUCCUGCCCCUGGUAGUUUGUGCUGAUGCCAAAAUGACUUAAAACCCUACCAUUGCAUAUAACCUUCCCUUCUUCAUUUGCAAAAAUGUCUAACUUAAGGGCCACAUCCCACAUUCUCUGCAUAUGCAAAGCUAUGCAAGGAAUGUAGGAUCAGUAUGAAAGGUUGAUUCCUGAUCUGCAUAUAUGUGUUGGUGUUUUGUGUUUUGUUUUAUUGUAUUUGGGCUAGUGUUCUCCCUAGUCAUCUUCUGUGUAUCUGUGUGAGAAUUUUCCCCCAAAGCCAACUCCCAAAGUACGUGGGUCCUUAGUUCAGUUGGAUCAGUGUCUGACACUGUCUUUGUCUCGCUUGAAAUCCAUAGCUAGGAUUUGCACCAGCUGCACUCUGGACUUUAUAUUUUAGGCAGAGAAGAAGCACCUAACAAAAAUAUGCAAAAAGGAAAAAAAAAAAAAAAAAAAAAAAGAACUGCUAGUUUAGCUUUUACUUGUGUCUGUACUUAAAUUAAGCUUUCUUAAGUUUACAAAACUUUGCUUGUGAACACUGAGCAUUUCACAUGAGACAUUCUUUUAUGCUGGACAACUUUCUAAAUACUGAAUCAAUAGGACUACACAUAAGAUGUGUGUUCUUUACACCCGCAGCUUCUGUAUUCAGCACAAGUAACCCCAUUGCUACAUUCUAAGCCUGUUCCAUUUCUGAUUUUCUAUAGGAAAAAAAAAUGACAGAUACUUCAGUCUCGAAAUCAUUCAGUAACCUGCAAGGUAUUGUUCAGCAGAUCCUAAGUGUCCAAGGCCUGAUUCUCACUUGCACUAGACAGCAUAAAGAGACUUUGAGAUGAGUGCCAGAGCAAAUGAACCUUUUAUGUGGUAACGUAUUUUGGUCACCAGUUUCUUUGGGUAGUUGAAGGAUUUUCAAAAAGUAUCUACAUUAGUUUGGCUGAGCUGGAGAAGGAGCACGAGCAAGUUAAAAAUACAUUGUUUUCACAACUGCACUGGUAAGAUCAACGCUGACCUGUAAAGCUAGAAGUGAAAAGACUAAGCCUAAGACAAACAGAGGAAGAACUAGUAUCUGCUAUGUGAAGGCACAUUAAAUCUGAAAAUUCAGAUUGUAGAGACCAGGGUGGGUAAGAGAAUAGAAUGAUGAGCCUGUACAAAAUGAUUUAAAGGUGUUUCUGUGAGGAAAGUAGAUUUUUGGUUUUCUUUUUUUCUUUUUUCUUUUUUUUUUUUCUGAGAUCUUUAGUACUGUAAUGUUUCAUGUUCUCCAGUUUGAAGAAUUAAUGAAUUUUGCCUGGCUUAAAAAUUUGUAGCUGUUCAUUUGCCAUCUGAGGUCUGGGGAAAAGCUGUUUAAUUUGCCACUGUUCAAUCUGGUCAACUAUAGUCGAAAUGUAGCAUAUUAUGAAAUAUGGUUCUGAUACCAGAAGAGAUGCAUGUACACAGGAAAUAAGAAUCAAGGUUUACAUCCACCAAAAUCCUAUUAGUAGUUUAAAGUGAGGAGUCCUAUCCAAAAUUUAAUUCUUCAAUUUUCAACCUUUCCUAAAUGAGAAAAAGCAUCAUCUUUGAAAUGCAAAUUUAUUACAGGGCAUAAUCAAUUUAAAGUGAAUUAAAGAUCAGUUACAAAUGAAUGAAUGUUGCCAAUUAAAAGUAAACUCCUUAAAGUAAAGCUAAGGCAUAUAAAUUGAAUUCUAAAUCACUUGACAGAGAGCUUAGGCCAAGGUCUUUCCAAACAGAAAUAUAAACAGAUUUUCUCAAAUGUCUAGGCUCAAAAAGUAGUGGCUAGAUUUUGUAAAACAUGGAGCAACUUGCAGCACUCCUGCAAAUGUUGCUGAAAAUGCUCAUCAGGUCACUUAUGCAUUUGAGCGCCCUUCUGUGAACUUAGAAGCUCAAACAUAGAUUCCUUUGUCUUUUCAAAUGUUAAAUUAUUUUUAGUAAUGCUUCUUCCUGACCACAGAAAUAUUUGUAUACUGUGUGGAAACAACUACAAUAGCUGAUUUUUGCAAGUAUUUUUCAGCUUCAUGUAUUGCUAGGCCCAGUGAUCUACAAACUGCUGUUGGCAGUGUUUGAGUGCAUCGUCUCAGUGUACUCAAAAGGUUUCCUUCAAAGUACCUAAUAAAAUUACAUAGAUGAGCAAGAGCAGACAGUAGCACAUAUCCCUUUGAUGUGUGAAGCACACGACUUCCUGCAUUCCUUGAACCCGAUUCUCACUUUCCCUAAAGCUCUUCUUAUUUUGCUUCAAGCAAUGGAAAACAGCAUCAAAUGGGACACAAAUUCAAAUGUAGAAAUGAAAGCUUCUCUACACAGCAAAAGUGGAAGGAAGCCAUAGGGUAAAUGAGAAGUAAGUGCCUUCUUGUACUGCUGCUGAGGCUGGUGAAGUCAAUUGAAAAUAUAGGGACAGUCACAGCAGAUUCACCCUGUGGUCCACCUCUCUUGGUGUUCUGUCUCUAAGACCCAUGUUGGAUAAUUACAAAGUAGUUAACCUAAGGGAAAAGAUUUAUUAUAAUCCCUAUUAGAUAUGUAUCUGCUUAUAACCUGAAGACAUAAUAAUUGAUGGCCUUAACCUUUUAUCCCAUAUAAAAAUUGCAUAUUGUGGCAGAUAAUUCUCAUUAUCCUGUAAAGAUCUAGCUUAUUAAUUGAUAGACAGCCCCACUGCUAUCCUGUGCAAGUGAGUUGGUCUGUGUAAUUACUGCCUUAUAGGAAAAAAAUCAUUUUCUGGUUAAAUUUGUUGCUGUUUAUUGAAACACCAUUGUUCUUGUAUCCCAUGAAAGCAUAAAUCAGAUGACCAAAAUUUGCCUUCUCUUGCCCAUUCCUCUGAAGCCUGCCUCUCUUUGGGAGAUCUGAAUCCACAAGGAAUGCAGGACCAUGAGAUCAAUGUCUACUGAUCAGAAAGGAGAGAACAGCUAGCAACUGCGUGUGUGUGUGCGUGUUGGGCAUGUGCAUCAGUGAGGUUCUCCUACAAGAUUUCUUGCAGAGGCACAGAAAGUAUAGCUCUUACACAAUCAGAAAAUAACAAGAAAGUACACCGCUAUUUAGAAAUUGUAAUAUGAGCAUUUUGGGCUCAUAACUUCUCUCACAAAAUCCCCAGUAAUUGUCUCUCAUAAGGGAAAGAGACGUAGAUGUGUUGCAGGAGCUGCUUUGAACAACAACUGUCUUGCUGCCACUAGGCCCACUUCUGGCCUAUGCAAUUAGGUAUUUUCAAAACCAGCCCAAAUUCACAAUAAGCUAACAGAGAAAAUUAUCAUUUAAUGCACUAAGACAAUACGAUUGCCCUUUUCUCUUAAUCAAAGAGGCCUCCCCUGCGGAGACAGGCUGAGGGAGCUGGGCUUGCUCAGCCUGGAGUAGAGAAGGCUGUGGGGUGACCUCAUUGCAGCCUUCCAGCACCUAAAGGGAGCCUACAAACAGGUGGGGAAUCAACUCUUUGGAAUGGUCGAUAAUGACAGGACAAGGGGAAAUGGUUUUAAGUUGAAGGAGGGAAGAUUUAGGUUGGGUACCAGGGGGAAGUUCUUCACCAACAGAGUUGUGAGUGCUGGAAUAGGCUGCCCAGAGAGACUGUGGAUGCCCCACGUUAAAGGGAGGUGUUUAAGGCCAGGUUGGAUGGGGCCCUGGGCAGCCUGAUCUAGUAGUAAAUAUGGAGAUUGGCAUCCCUGCCUUCCAGCAGGGUGGUUGGAGCUUGAUGAUCCUUGAGGUCCCUUAGAACCCAAGCCAUUCUAUGAUUCUAUUAUUCUUUGAUAAGUGGUGCCCAUUUUUCUACUUCUGAUUUCUUUUUCAUCCAAAGAAAAGUUGAGUAAUAACCCACAGCAGCCCCCUCACUUCUUACUGACCCCAAACUGACUGAUUUCAGUCAACCUUAAGCUGCUCAGUUAAUGCUGGAUUGUUCACAUGGUGUAAGAACAGAUCUCUUGCCUUUAGUAUUAUUCUAACAUGUUCUGCCUCUCUUAGUAGAGAAAACAAACCUUGCAGGGGGAAGGCACAAAACAUACUCUUUGCAUAAGCACUGAGUCCAAUCCAAAAACAUUUCAAACAUAACCAGACCUCCAGUAUGCUCAUGACUAUGACCCUUUCAACAGUCUUAUGGUAAGGUAAUCCUGCAGUUCUCAUUGCUCAAGAUGACUUGCUACUCAAAAAGUAGUAUCAAUUUAGUACAUGGUGGCUGUUCUCUCAAGAAAAACUAGACCUUGAUAAUCCCACCCUUCCAGUUCUGCAUCCAACUCCUCUGAGAUAUUGAAAGAAACUUGAUAGAAAUGAAUCAGCACGUAGCCUAACUGAAACAGCAUCUCAUUGGCCUAAAGCAAAAUAGCUACCUUUCACAUUCUUUGAUUUGUUGUUAUGUUAGCUGUGACAAUUUGUGAAGGAGGUACAACCUAAUGAGAACUUGACUUGGAGAGAUUCUGAGCCUCCUCAGCUCUCAAGGGGCUUGUCACUCAGUAGGAUUUAGCCCCCAGGUGAUCACAACCUUGCUAAGGAAAGAUUUAGGAAAAAAAAAAUGGCAAAAAACGUUACAUCUGUAGUCUUGAAUUUGUAGAUGCAAUGAAAACCCUUCCUAGUGCAAUACAAGCAGUAAUAAGGAGAAAAAAAUAAGGAGAAAAGAAUAAGAAGCAUAACAUUGAGGGUGGAAAGGUCUUCCAAAAACUUGAUCAAUUUGGAUUUUAACCUCCCAGUUAGCACAUUUGUCCUUAACUAUUUUUCAAAAAGUAAAGAACAGUGAAAUACUUCUUUGGGAAGUGAGUACACUACAGCCUCAAAAGCAAUUGCUUAAAACAGAAAUGCAUCUGAACUGUAGAGUGUACUCAUGUUUUGUAUCCAUAGCAGAGUUCCAUCCAAAACAUUCUUUUCAUAUGAAAUGUAUUAUAUUGUGUUUUCUUGUAUGAGAGGGAAGCAAGGAAGUAAAGAAGUGAUUCCUGGUGUUCUCUUUACACUGGAUGGUGUUUCCAGCUGUUCCUUACCUUUUGUUACGUCUACGGGUUUGGUCCUCUUCCAAAGUGAUCCUGUCUUUAUUGAGUUGGUUGGCAUCAGCUCCCUGUAAAACACUGGAGGAUAAAUCCUGCUCCUACACCAAAUUAAUAAUAUGAGCAAAAGGCUGCAUACUUCAUUCAUAUGGCUUUGUGGUGAUUUUUGCCAUGUUCUGCUGCAACUGAACAACUGAGGAAAGUGCAGAGCUUUGUUAGGUACAUGCUGUAGUGCUCAACUGUCUGUUUCUGCAGCAUCCUGUUCUUACAAAAUGGAUAGGCACAUUUCUGAGGUCUAUACAUAUAACUAGGCAUCUUUUCUAUUUAAUUUGAUCCUUUUCUUUUUGCCACCUGGAUAUUCCCGUGUUCUUUGUUGACAACUGCAGUUCCCUAAAAGUAUCCCAUGUGGAAGAUCUACUAUUUGACUAGAGAGGAGCAGUGCAUUGAGGAAUAAGGACUACAGUCAUGCAACUGCCCUGAAGUACAACACAGCUUUUUUCUUAUUCUUCCCCAAAAGUCUUUUUCUUGGUUUUCAUUUGUUGCAUAGCCUGUUGCUAUCUAUGGGAUCUCUGAAUAAAACCAUAUUAUAUGUCCUCUGUGCACGUGUGCAUGCAAACACAUGUGUGAGUGUGCUUGUGUAUGUGUGCAUGUGUAGGUAGCUAGCUAGCUAGUUCUGGAUCAGGAAAGGGUUCCAACGAUACAGCAGUUACAACAUUAACUGUGGAACACUGACAUGGAUCUGUAGUACACUACUUAAACAGUAUACAUGAACAUAUAUAUUCAUCAAAUGCACUUGGUUGGCCAAAUGCACUUAACUAGAUAUUUGCCCAAAUAAAAUGUUUGCCUCUGUUCAAAACUUGACUCCCAGACCUCGCCCAGUGUAUUUUUGUUAGUACCUACUCUGAAGGGAAAGCUGAAGUGUGCCUCUUGGAUGGACAUUUAGCCACAAUAUAAAUAAAGCUGCAUUACUCAGCAGGUUUUGCUGUCUGAAGUGAACAGCCAGGGGACUAGCAGCUCUAGGGCUACAUUGUUGAGCCCAGUCCCUCAUUUCCACUGAAUUUCAUGUUCACUUAACAGGGGAAUAAAAUGCAAAAAAAAUAAAAAACAAAAUAAAAAAACCAAAAACAAAUAAAACAUAAUCUAACAUUCCUCUUUGCACACCUUAAAAAGGAUAGUAAAAAAUUAUCAUUAGUCAUCAUUAUCAAAAGUCAUUAAACAGUUAGCUGUACAAUGUAUUGAUAGGCUGUAAAAUGAUCUCUUGUAUCUGGAGACCCAUAUCAAACAGCUCUUUCCCCACCUCAUAUAGUCUGCAACAUGUUGGCUAUGAAUAUCAUUGCAAAUAAUAUGAAUAAGGUAAUCAGAAUGUACAGCCACUGACAAUUGACUUUCCUCUGGUCUUUGCCAAAGUCUUUUCAGGAACAUCUUUAAUUUGUCAAGAAGGCUGGUAGAUUAUUAGGAGGAGAAGGAAUUGGUCAGUGAGCAUAGUCAGCAUGUAUUCCAUGAGAAGUGAAGGAUCUCUGGAAUGCAUUUUGCUCUCAUUUCAUUAGCAGAAUGAAUCAGUGUGUUAAGCUACAGCUGCCUGCUUUGGUAUUGUGUGGCCCUGAAGUAGCUUUUUAUUCUUUCUAUUCUGAAAUUCUUUUGUCACAGAAAGGGUAAUUGAUGAUCUGGGGUGUGUGGUUUUUUUUUUUUUUUUCCUUUCAUUUUCAGUCAUACCAAGUUGAGUAAAUGUUAUUCCUUUUCUUAUAUUGGUGGCAUUUCCCUUCUUUGUUUGAGUAAGAUGAUAAAUGCAACAAUUUUGGCUGGAUGAUUUUGGGGUGAGGUUUUUAUUUUGGUUUGGGGUUUUCCUUUGGUUAAAUGUACAUUGUCUCUCUAUAGUCAAAAUGUCUGUGACUGUAACAGUAUGUAUUUCUUUUACUGGAGAAAAUAGACUUUUUGGUUUUUGUUAACAGUACUAGUGACUUUGUGGAAAAUGACAAGUUGCUAUUUAGAUCUGCUUAGUAAGUACAGUACACUACAAUACAGUAUUUCUGAAAGCUAGAACAUACAGUACACAAUAUAUAUAGCAAUUCUAUAUCAAUAUAUAUACAUAGUAUAAUCAUUUAACUUUUGCAUCUGCCUAUGAUCAUAGAAAAAAAUAUUUUCGCAUUUAUCAUUCACAACCCAAUCAACUGCUGCAGCAACUUGAAGCAUUUAACAAUCAUUAUUACAGCUCUGUUGUGCUUUUUCGUAUUAUUUGCUUCUUUAUUGUCUUUACAAGUAUUUUUUUUUCAGGCUUUUAAGAAUCUCUAUGUAGCAAGAUGUAGGAAAGUAAUUUUUUAUGAAAAGGUAAAACAGUAUUAGGUUCUACAAAAAGUUAAAUGUUGUUCCCUGCUAUCCCUCUCAUAUCAGAAGAACAAUUAAUCAAAAUGAUUAUCUAUUUGCUCUCCUCAAAGAUGUCCUGUUGUUUCAUUUGCAAAAGCAUCUGUCAGACUUUCCUCUUCCACUACCACUAGCCUUGGAGAAAGAUGCCAGAAGUGGUCUUUCACUCAUUCCAAAUUCUGUUUCUUUGAAGUUUUAAGAUUUCCAGAAAUUCUUCCCCACACCAAGAAGAAGAAAUAUAGUUCUUUUUUACAGUCAUUCUGAAUGUGGCCAGUGGAUUUUGACAGGAAUUGGAUACAAGAUACCUCCAUCCACUGCUAUUAAUAUAUUCCAAUUAGAUUUUUCAUAUCCACUUGAACAUUUCUUUUUCAAAGGACAACACCUCCCUGAAGUUGGAGUCUCAGUUUGAAAAUUUUCCAACGUUGAGUGUUGCCUUUGUCAUCUUCCAGUUGGUUCUGAGCUUUGAGUCAGACCUAUUAGGAUUUCACCAGGGAGCUGCUGAAAAAAUGUUACUAGAGAUGUCAACACCUGAAUAGUCCAGAGGAAACUGAUCAACACCUAAACCUAAUGCCUUGGGGUGUCCUUUCCCUGUUCUCAUCUUGCAGCAGAUCACCCAGGCAGCAACUCUAGAUCCAGACUUUGUACAAGUCCAAACUUAUGAGAGCUUGGAAAUUUGCCUGCUUUUCCAGUUCAAUUACAUCUCAACUGAUCUUCAUUCUUUUGGUCAAUAACAUGUUAAUUUGAGAUGAAAAUGUGCAAAAUCAAGUGGACGAGAGUUGUGGAGGAGGUAUUCAUUGUAUCUCAUUUCUUCUAACUGUAAAGACUGGAAGAAAUGAGAAGUGGUCACAUUGAUUAUGAACUGUGCUUUCAUUGAGAAUGAGGAAUGUGUCACUGCAAAUCAAUAAACUUAAAGGUGAUUUUGGAGUGAGAGGAGAGGGAAAGAUUUAUCUAUGCCACCUCUUGGGAUGAUAGCAUGAGAACUUCAAGCAUGGGAGUCAUCAGGUGCUGGCAGCCCUUACAGACUUCUGUCGUCUGCCAUUUGCACUUACGUGGAGGCCACUACCACAUCCCUUUUCUUUCUACUCACAGUUUAAAAGUGAUGGUCUUCCAUCAGUGAUUUCUAACUCUGGCCCAUCUUUAUUCUGUGUAUAUCCAUUUGUGAGGGAAGGAAGAGACUACUAAUUUGCCCUACUACAUAAAGGAUGGUUUUGGUCCCCUUAAACCAAAAAGGUGCCAUUUCCCAAAUUAAUUCCAGUUAGCUGCUGCGACAGAGUGCUGAUUCAGUGGUCCACAAUUUCUGACCAUGGUCUUUUGCCUUUUCCUUUGACUCAGUGCUAAAUCAUACAUAUUUUAGAAGAGAGUGUUCUCACUUCACUGAGAACGCCUGCUCAUUUAAAUGGCUGCAUACCCAUUCCAUGCUUCCCCUGCUAAUCCUUUGUAAGGUUCAGUAAUUCAUUUAGGAUAAUGACUAGUUAAUACGUUUCUUGAUUUAACUUCCUUGUUGCCUUUUAUUUUUCCUAAUGCUUUUUUAAGCACCACCGCUCAUUUUGCAUCUUAUACAGUUUACAGUUUAUAUUUUUAGGCUAAGAAGUGGUUUUACAAACAGGAUGGUACCAAACAGGUAGAUUAUCCACACUAGAGAUUGUACUUUUAGAAUGCAGUGUGUACAGAUACAAUUGCCUAAGGGAAAGUGAAACUAACAAAAUAAUCAGCUGGUGAACACUAUUUUAACAUAUCUUUUACAUAAAGGACAGUCAGUCAUUUGUAAAUCCAGAAAUCUUGCUUUUUUGAACAUGUAUCCUUUCUUUUUCAUUCUCUGAAGAAACGCUAACCUGGAGAAUUGUUAUGUUCUACGAAACUUGUAUGUGCAUGUUUUCUGUUUUUCUGAAGAGAGAGAAAACAGAAGGUGAUACUGGCUUUGCAGUUUUCUAGUCAUGUGUUGGAGACUUUCCUUGAAUGGCGUAAACAUUAAGGGAAGACUCUAUCCAAGUAUUAGCUUUAUCCUAUUAUAUGGGUUUCGUUGUUGUUUUCUGUUUCCAUUUCCUCGUUGACCAAGUAGACGUCCUGGGCUAAUGCAAGCCAUAUUUCUGCAGAUGAUAGCAUUACUAUUCAGCUCCCUUCUGCACUUCUUUUCUGUUUAAUACGCCUUUUGAGUAACGCAACAGUGGAAGUAGGUAACGCUGUCACCACAAGAGGGAGAACCUUGUACUAAGAGAGCAUUACCCUGUACUACUGUGCGGGGACGGAAAGGGACUCUAAAGCUCCAAUCUGCACGGCUGAAUAAGAGGAAGGUCCCCCUGCCAUGGGGGAGCUUGUGCCAAAGACUGGGGGAUCUCCCAGGAGAGGGGAAUGUUUAAACUUCAUACAAGGGACUUGCUCUUCACCCACUUCACUUAGAGAAAAAGACUGAAUCGUCAGCAUCUGCUGCUGCUCUUUUUUAUUCAUAUAUGACUAUAUUUACCUUUUUAAAAUGUGUAGUUCCCAUUUAUUUGUGGAAGAGGUGUCACUGUUUUAGUUUUUGGAGUCAGAACUAAGUUAGUUCACAAGUAUCUUCAACAAGUUUCAUUGUCUUUUGGGGCCUGUCCUUUUUCCUUUGACAUUAUACCAGUAUGUAGACCGGAUUUCUGUGAAACUCAGAAUCCUUUAAAUCUUUGAUUUAUUCCCAGUUCCAUAUAUAUUGAGCAUUCAAUCCCUUGGAUCCUGGCUCCAAAGCUCAGAUUCAAAAAAACUUACAUUGCAAUGACACAAAAAAAUCUGUGGUUUUCCCUAUGCCCCACCCAUAAUCAGCUUUUGUUACCAAAUGUAAGAUACAAAGGCUGCUCAGCUCAGGCUGGAUGUCCUGCAUAACCUUCUUGUCAGCAUCAGAGAGGUCUGUACUUCAUCCCAAAAACGCAAUAGACCAAUGCUUUCUGAGCCAAAUCCUGCAGACAUGACUUGCAGACUCUUUUGUUGACUUUGUGCAUCCUCUCAAACUGGGAAAGCAUAUAUAGUCUUACAGAAGGUCAUAGCCCUAAGAACUAAUUACAUAUACAUCCCUUAAGAUGUCACAGGACUGUUCCCCAUAACUUUUGAAUGUUCCUGCCCAAGGUUUUCACUCUUCCUAAAAAUGACUUAAGAUUUGAUUUAAUUCUACCAGGCAGAUUUUGCCAUUUUUAAGGGCUCUGCGAUUAAAGGGACUGCUUCUUGCUGAGAGGCCUGAACAGUCAAAAGAAAUACACAGAAUACGGGGUAGGACAGCCACUUCCUAUUGAAUAACACAUAGGAUGUUUUUUGUCCAUAAAGUCAUAAAUGGCCUUGAGUCCUUCAUUCCACAAGUACUCAAGUACAUAGCAUCUUUUGAUUGGUGAUAGCAUGUUAAUCUUAAAUAAUUAAAUAGGAGGCUACAACAGCUAGUGUAGAUAUAUGAUACACAGCAAUUGUUUUUCCCUAAUUUACAGCAUUGCUGUGUCACUUUUCUAUUACUAGAACAAUGUACAAGUGUUUGGGGUGUAAAUGAGAGCUAUGACCCAGGAACAUUGCAGCAGUGAUACGUGGAGUUAAGUGAUUCUACAUUUCUGGCUAUUUUACUCAGAGGCUCUCUUGUGGUACCCUGCUCUGUAACCAUUUGGGUGAAAUAAAAUGGUUUAUUUGUAAUGUCUGAUUAAAAUAACCCAAAAUUCAGAGAAUACAUCAUGUUUUUCUUUAGACUUCCUUUAAAAAACAUACGAUUGUAUCUUGUGUGCAGGAGAAUGGAUGGGAACCCACAUAGUUUGGCAUGAGCUUGGCAUUUUAGCGAACAGGACACCCUCAAAGUACAGCCAAUAGAGAAAAAUGCAUUGCUGAUGGCUAUAGUGGCUAAAUUGAUGUUUAUAGACCUUACAGAAGAGCUAGCAAGCAUUACCCAUUUUGUGUCUUCUGCAUGCUUUGACAUGGAACGCACUGCUGUGGCUCCACCCAGAGACAGAGUUUAGGUGCUUGGCUCCUUCCCAUAGUUAGCAAUUUUUUCUGACAUUCUCACAGCUAAAAAUAAACAGCAAAUGUCCUUGUGACCUGGCAUUUUUCUGCUUCGGAGAUGAGUAUUCAGGAUCCCCAUACCCUUAAUUAGACUCCUCUUUGAUUCCUUGCUUCUUUCUGUGCAGUUGAAGGCCUGCUAAUCUUUAGAAUGAAACAGAGUGUAUCUGUGCGCCUGACUCGAGGGCAUUGUUCUUCUGUUUCUGCAAGAGAAAGAUAAAGGAGGAACUUGUUUCUCAUUUAUGCUUUGGUUUUUUUUUUUGGUUUUUUUUUUGUUGGUGUUUGCUUUUGUUUACGUUCUUGGUAGGCUGCAAUUUUCAACAAGGGAUUGGGAAUGGGAGAAAAGGGAGAAGACAUGAGAAAGCAUGUGCCUGAGCUUAGAUGAAGCAUCAUGCAAUAUCGCUCUACAUACUGAGCAAUUGUAGACAGACUUGUAUAGCAGCAGCAGGAUUGCCCUAGUAUGUUUCUCUUUCUAUACAUUUCCCUUUCUUCCUCUUUCUCUCCCACUGUGGCCUCUUACACUAUUUUAGAGGUUCCCCACACUUCUUUCUCAGUGUUAUGAGUGGUAGAUGAAAGCUCUUGUGGCUGUCCAAACCAACGUUAAUCUCCAAGUACUGGUGAAACCACCAUGGUCUUUAUUAUGUUUUUCCAAGUGAUACCUUAGUGAGUGGCAAGCCCUGGCAGAUGUUGUUUUGUUGAAACAGAUCAAUCAACUAGGGGAAGCAUAGGCUGAUUGGGAUCCAGUAACCUACUUGUCUUUGUUACUAGUGACCUUCAUAAUAUUUUCCUAUGUACUUUCAGUUUUAGGUACGUAAAAGCUUAUAUGCCUGUCAUUAAAAUUCCUGCUUUUCUCACCAUAGCUCUAGAAGAGCUAUGAAAAAAAAAAUCCUUUAUAUAUAUUUCUUGUGUAUUUGAAAGGUGAGGGAGGGAACUUUCUAUGCACGUGUGACUCUGCGUGCAAGGGAGAAAACUGAAGUUAGUGUUGAUCUGUCCAUUUGUUUUAGGGUGGCCGGAGAGCUGCCACUUUGAGAAGUUGAUUGCACUACAGAACCUUAGCUUGGGCACUGUUAAAAUGAAGACUGUAUAUUGGGGACAGGGAAGUCUUUUGGUUUUUAUCCACACUUACACAUGCCCUUUGCAAGGUAUACCCUUGCAGAUUUUGCAUCUGACAAGUUUGUGUAAAACCACUACUGACCUUUUUGCUGUAUCAAUUUAGUUCUCUCUUCUUUCUGCAGCCCCUAGAAAAUGUUGUCUCCUUUCCAUUUGCAGUCAUUUGGUUUCUUAUAUUUUUGAUAAUUAUCCUGUCUACUAAUGAGAUCUCUGUAUCGAGCAGGAGGAGGAGAGAAAUUGAGGCAUGUGAAAGUGUGGCUGGGAGACUGCAAACCCCCCUUUGGUUGGGGGCAUUUGUAUACUUUUACUGAGAGCUGAUUUCUUGGGGAUUGGGUGGGGUGGGGAGGGAGUUUGUGCUUUUUUGGUCUGGAUAAGGCUUUUUAUUUUUGCACUAAGUAUGACUGCACUGCACUGCAUUGCACUACUGAAAUGUAUUUACAUGUGGUGGGAUUGGAAGGGGCCAAUUAAGCAGGAAGGGAAAGGAGAAAGUGAUGGGCACAGAAAUCAGAUGUAUCACAGACUUGACCAAGUUGAAGGAGAACUGGGGCUACCUUUACUUUAAGCAACUAGUCAGACACUGAGAUAGCUGUACUGGAUAGCUUCUGUAAAAAAAAUAAAAUAAAAAAAUGAGAGUAACAAAAAGCACUGUAACAGAAACAGAAGAGGCAUCACAAGAUUCAGAGUGCUAUAGGUCUUUAUCCCCUAUUUUCCUAGAGAGUGUUCUUUGUGGCUGUGAGAGAGUUAAGGGAACUACUUAGCAUAAAUCCAGAGUAAGGCUUCAAUAUGGAAAUACCAAUUUCUAGUUCAAAAUCUGCUCAGGAUCUGCCUUGUCAGAUGGGAUCUCUUCAGAGAGAUUUGGCUGUGAUUAGUAUCCCUUGGGUGUAAGUAUGAUCUCCCAGCUCAAGAAGUGAAGCCACAAAGCAGGCUUACCAAAGGGGAAGGUCACUGAAAAAAAAAAAAAAAGAAAAAAAAAGAAAAAAAAAAAAGCUCUUUUUUCAAAGGUUGUUAUGGGAAUGGUGCAAUAAAGUCAUUCUGAACACUCAAUCAAAAGUGUUCCAGUCAAGCCUUUGGAGCAGAAGGAGCAGGCAGGACAAGUGGUCAAGGAAGUGUGAUGUGGAAUUCAGUACAAUAAGGAAUAUUCCUGCUUGGACAAAGGUGCUCUCUGGCAUUUUUAGAUCUUCAGUCUGAUUUCUCUACUCAAACAAAUAGUAAAGCAUGGGAAAGGCUUCUGGCUGGAAACAAAUGGAAUUGAUAGCAUAAUGUUUUUACAAUCAUGAUUCAUGGUGGCCUAUAUCUUGGUCACCAGCCCUGUAGCAAGGAUAAUAGGAGAAAAAAGAAAACAGUGGCAAUGUGCAGCAAGGUCCAUCUUUGCUGUAGUUCUUUGUGAUCUAUAAACUCUCAAAAGUUUGUGUUGAUCUCUUCAGUAAAAUUAUAGUUACAACUUUUGCCAAAAGAUAAAGUAGAAUCAUGAAUAAUGCUCUGCAUAACAACUAGGAGAGGAGUGUAAAACAUGAGGGCAUCUGCAGUGCAGGGGCCACCUGUCUAAUGUGCACAGAGGUUUCAUGAACAAAAGAGGGGAGGUAAGCAUCCAAUUCCUAAGGAAAGCCUACAGUAAUUGGGUGUUCAAAAGUCCACUCAUGCCCUGAGUUUCUCUGUAGGCCUGAAGCUAAGACCUUUUGGCAUCAUUAGUAUCAAGUAGUGCAGGCCUUACACAGAGCUGCACAGUGCAGAGCUAAUUGUUGCUGGUCAUUGUUGGGCUGCCUUAUUCAAGAAAAGUAGCAAGAACUGGAGGAGAAAUAAUAUACCUGAGGCUGGUCCUGGGUGAGACUGGCAAGCCUGUCUGGAACCAGAAGAAACUUAAUAGUUAAGAAUGUGUCUGUCUAAGAAGCUCUGAGAUUUCCAUUUUUGGUUAGAUUUCAUCUAUCCUGUCUUGGAAGUGCCAGAAGAGAACUAGAGAUAACCCCUGAUAUGGUGCCAGGUAAACUACUGAAUGGCUCUUCCCUCAAGAGCAGACAAUUCAGUGGAACACCUGGUCUCUUUCCAAGCCAUCUGUGGGAAUCCUGGAAGGCCUUCUUCCAGUAAUGAGGCAGAGGUCACCCAACAAAAGCACAGUUCAUUUGAGAGCCAGCGUAAUACAGUGGCUGGAGAGUACAUUUCAUUUGUAAAGUGGCAUUUGCUUCCAUAUGAGUAGUUGUAGCUACAGGUUCAGGGAGGGAAUCAAGUCUGUCUACUGAAGUUAGUUCAGGUUAUGAGCCAAUAUUCCCCUUUUACUUUAGUUGAGUUUUUGUUUUGUUUUCUUGUUUAAAGCAGCUGCAUAUAUUGCUACUGUCAGAACGGAUUUGCGUUGUCAAAGAGGAAUAGUGGACUACUCCCCCCAAAAAAUGAAGCUGAGGAUUUACUGAGCCUGCUGUGUCCAGAGUGCCUUUCCUGCUGUGGUAAAAUAAAGAACUUCUGUAGUUUGAGCUGUUCUGGCUGACUGAUUGCUGCAUAUUCCUCACUUGUGGGGUGACCUGAUGUCAGCCGUGUUUAGACAAGGAGAGGAACACUGCAUGCUUGCAAUGCUGUGAUAAGAUGCCAUUUGCACUAGUUUGUUUUUUUUUUAAGUACUGUGACCUGAAGAAGUGGGCUUUGAGCCAUGCACCCCAACAGGGUUUGAAUUCAGCCUGUUUAAACCUGAUUCCUUCUCACUCAGUUUCAAUAAGACCGAUCCUGUCCAUGUAAAGAAGAAUCAAACUGCUUUUAAAAGCCACAUUCCAGUCUCUGUUCUUACUUGGUUACAGUGCUCAACCAGAUCAGUUCCUGGAUGUAUAGUUGUACUAUGACUGUAUAGUUUUAAAAGGCUUUUAAACAGGUUGUUCCUUUUUACAUGGUUGGUUUGAGACUAGUUUAACUGAAAACGCAUUUAAAUAUAGCACAAACUCAAUUUAUUUCAGCAUGGUACUAAAGCCCCACGUAGACAGUACUUGACUGAGAAACCAAGGAUAACUUGAGGUUCAUUUUAAGAAGCCAAAAUGUGUUGCUGAUUAGAGAUGCCACAUAACUUAAUGCCCUGUUUCUUUCUCUAGAUGGAGAAACACUAACUUCCAUAAUUCUCCUCCAUUUGUCAUCCUGCUUCAUUGUUGCACCUUUUCUCUUGAAUGAAAAUCACUUUGGCCAGUGGGCUAGGUCCAAAACAGAACUUCCCUUUGCUGUUUGAUAGCUAGUUUCUGUAUGUUCCUUUGCUAGACACUGACAAGCACUACUGAAAAUCAGCUUGAGAAUUUGCUGGGACUGCGUGGCUUAGUUACAGUUCAAUAAGAUUCUAGUGACUUUUUCACUGUUAUCGUAAGUGUAUAGCUUACCCUUUAAGAAAAUACUAUGUUUCAGAAGUUCCAGUGGAAAAAAAAAAUAAUGCCAGGAAUUAUGAUGGAGCUUCAGUCACAGUGCUAUGGCUAAGUUUGUAGGGAACACAAUUCUGGUGGCUGGUGAUGCUGACAUUUACAAAGCAGAUUCUAAAGCGAUAGAGAAUGUAUGCCUUCUCAUCCCUGUUGAACUUAGAGAGUUUUUGCUAACAGAAUGAUCCCAGACUAUCCUGUUAGAGUUCAUCACUUUUUCCCCAAUGGAGAAGGCUAAGCAAUCUGUCAUUUCAACUUCAGCAGUCUAAGUUUGACUCUAGACUACUCCCAAAUGGCUGGCCAGCCAGGUGCCCUCCCUGACUGAUCCCACUUCCAUGCUGGCUGGUGGUUUGUCAGAUCAGCCAAGGUGGCCAUGUCACAACCUUGGCCCCAGCUAGGAGCCUUGUACCUAUUCCUUUUGGUUUCCAUCAAACCAGGAGUGCAAUUAGCAGUGAGUAGAUGUCAGGUCAGCCUUUGCUCCAGGUGACAAGAAUGGCAAAGCUGGGCAGCAAAUUGAGCUACUGUUGUCCUUCAGGACACUGGUAAAAACAAGAGGCUGGGCUCUGGUUGCUGGUGUAGAUACAAACCUACAGCAUCUGCUCCAAACUUGUUCUGAUCAACUGUGUUGUUGCCCUUGAAUAUGCUUUGUGUGUGAAAAACUGAAUGAAGUUGUUCUGUUGUCUGUCUCCUCUAUUCUGCAUCAUGGAUGUGGCACCAACUUGCUCUCACAAUGAACUUGGGUGUUUUUUUGCUGUUGUUAUUAACAUGUAAUUCUACUGUAGACCAAAAAAUAUGAAAAAGAAAAAAAGAUCAGUUUCAAGACAUAGAAGGCCAGUGAGUGAAAGGUGAAAAAUGCAGGAAGCAAAGGUAUGAGAGAAGCAGUGGUUAACUGUGCUAAGUUAAAAAUAUCAGAAUAGCCUUACCUAUUUCUUAACCAAUGCUUACCAAUCAUCCAGUAGUGGGGUUAGAUAGCUUUCUUGGCUCAUUCGUACCUGUAUCCUAAUAUAAUAUAUAUAUAUAUGUACAUAUACAUAUAUAUACAUAUAUAUAUAAAAUUUUUGUUUCUUUGGUAUUGCUGUUGCACAUCACGUUGUCUUUUAUAAUGCCUGAUUUUAUUGUAUUGUACUUUAUCGAUCUGGUUUGUUUUUGUUUUCCUUUUGAAGGACGGGAAAAAUAAUGUUUCCUUUUUGUUUUGAAUUUGUGAGAAAGAAAUGCACUGGAAGUAAACACAAACACAUUUUGCCAUUUGAAAACUUAAAAAAAAGAAAAGGAAAACACACAGCCACGCAGUCAAAAAAGCUAAGAAAAAGCUCCCCUCUUCUUCCUUACAGUGGAAGCAUCCUCUAAAAUAUAUGCUAGAAAGAAAACAAUCAGUCUCAAACAAAGGAAGGGAGAAGCCUCUUUGAUCCCAGCUCUGCAAUCUGGAAUAUUUAAGCACAAUGUUUUGCAGGGCUGGGCUCCUACUUGGCCAAUGGUCAUAAAAUCCAGAACCACAUGGGGCAAAUUCAUCCCUGGUGCAAGCAGAUGUAAUGGCAAUGAAGUCAAAGGAGGUACACAAAAGAUGGAUUUAGCCACGCGUGCAAGAUACAGCUGCCUUCCCUGUUGUACCUAAGUCCCCACUGCUAGAUGUUACUGAUGUUGAUCUUUUGGCUGUGUUAAUCACGUAAUACACCUUAAACCGUGUUUGAGGUAGGCAAAACACUUUCCCACCGAAUAAGUCAGUUCUGGAUGCACCUUGGCGUGACACUUUUUGCCUACCAGCUUUUCACUGUUACACGCUCCCAGUGGUAAGCCAAUCUGAUUAACCCUGGUCGAAGAGCCUGCCUUUGCCAGAAAAUGGACUUGACUAGUAAGUGUAGUAAAAUGUUGCGUAUUUAACUACUAUAAUCCAGAAAUUGCCCUUGCACUUUUAAGGCAUAUGGAAAGAUCCUCUCUGUCUUUCAAAAUGGCUCUGGUUCUUUUGCGAGUAAAACACACACACAUGCAUACAAUCCAGGGGCUCCACACCCCAAAUUCUUCCCGGGUCCCAUACUCGGCUGUGUCCUGCCUCCCAGUGCCUGGCCAUUUGAGCCCAGCGGGACAGAUGCACAUUGGAAUAAGUGCAAAGAGCACGCCUUUUAAAAGGCAGAUGAUUUUCCUGUUAUGCCAGCAUCUUUCAAUCCCCAUAUCAGCUGAUGAUUUUCCUAGCCCGAUGGUGUUCAAUCAGUUGUUGAAACAUUGGCUUUCUCUGUUUUGUUUUCUAAGGAGGGAAUGUGGGGUGGGGAGAAUAAUGUGUUGUUUUUUGUAACUUCACAGUCCUGAUAGUUGGUUUGUAUCUUCCAUAUUUUAUGCAAAAACAGACAUUAGAAGUCAAUAAAUACUUGUGCCCUAGGUUGAAAGUUAAGUGUUCAGGAAAAGAAAAAAAAUGGUUGGCAUUUUUCUACAUUUUUGUGAAGACUCUUUUGGAAAGGAAGGGUACAUAUUUUUGUUGUGUAGUAUUUUCUAUUUUUGAAUGCAUUUUCUUGGUACAAGACUGUUUUGUGGAAUUUUUUUUUCUUUUUGGUGAACACAUUAUUUAAAAAAAAAAAAGAAAAAAAGAAAAAAAGAAAAGAAAGAAAAAAAAAACUAAUUGAAAAGUUUGCCCUUAAGGAUAUGCUGCAGUUUUGAGGUUUUAAAAAAAAUAAAAUAAAACAUUCAAGGCGCGUGUUAAAAGUUGGGGGAUUGUAUUGUUGGGAGUUUUUUUGUAAUUGUUACGAGAAGAAGUUUGUAGCCACUGCUGUUUAUUUUGUUUCAGAUGAGUAAGUAAAGGGAUUGUUCUUGUGUUAUUCUUUUUUUUUUUUUUUUUUUUUUUUUUUUUAAAGUUAUUUAUGAAAUGUCACAAACACUGGACUGUGAGUUUGUGUGGAAGCAUUUUACCACCCUGUGUCUUCAUAGAGCUGUUGGUGAUCCUACUUCUCAUUGCUCUGCCUUAUGAUUUCCUGAGCAAAUCUGGGGGGAAUGGUGGGAGGGACAGAAACUAGAUGCAUUUUUUGAGACAGAAAAAUGCAAACAAUGUUCUGGAAUUCCCAUACAUGGACCAUCAGCUCUACUUCUUCUCAUUUGUACCACAGGAAAGAGAAGGGCUUGCAGGGGAAGGAAAUCUUGUGGUGCAGUAGACUUGGCAAUGUGCAAGGGGCUAAGCAACCGAGAGCUGUGAUGCUCAUGAUGACCUCUGUAAAUGGCAUCCCAGUUCCUCAGUAAGCAGCUCCCCUAGCUUGCCCAUCCUCAAACCAGUGGCUUUUGGGAUAACUUCACCAACCCAAGCCAACCAAAACCUUGGGGAUAGUUUGCCUUUACAGUUGCCAACAAGAUUUUUUGGCACCCCAUCAGUGGGCACGAGCAGUGGGGAGUGCUGCUCUCAGUAUGAUCAGUGGUUCUGGAUCUGAGGAGAAGUAGAGGCAGAAUGAGGCUGGAGAGGUGUGUGGUGUACACAGUUUGGAAGAAUAUUCUUAAAAAGAUUGAAGAGCAGUGCUCCAGGCACUCAUGGGACCAGAGAAAAGGGAAGGAGGAAGAUACCAACAGCCAUAACAAAAAACUGGAGAUAUGUAACUGGGCUACAUACUAGACCAACCAGACUCUUCCUUCCUGGACAAUAAUGCAGCCAAAUCUUGAGACUGUCAUGCAGACAGAAAGCUGAAUGUGGCCUUCAUUUUCUCCUGCCUUUCCUUUUUAUUAUCCCUCUUCCUUUGCCCUGAGAUUUCUUCUCAGUGAACAUCUGCUCCACUGAGCACUUUUUUGCCCUCCACCUAAACUGCCCUUGCUUUCAAAAUGUGGGUUCAGUCAGGACUGAGUAAAAUCAUGUGCCUUCUUUUUCCAGUUUUGUACUUAUGCCAACCUUCUUCCCUUCCCCACCUUACACACGCAAAACGCAGAAGGAGGCUGUUAAGGAGUGCUGCUUGUCUGCAGGCGUCCAGCAAAACAUCGAGGUGGUGGUGAGGAGAAGGGGAACAGAGAGAGCUGUUAACUCCUUUCCCUUUCAACAAAUAGCACGUCUUCCCUGGCAGAGGGUGGCAGAGGAGACACCCUCUGCCACCACCUCCUCUGAUGGCCCCCUCCCCUACAAAUCAGUCCUAGCUGGCAUGGGAUGGCUUUUCACUCUGGUUCCUGUCCUGGCUGAGUGAAACACUCACUCUAUUGGGGUUCAUGUAAUUCACAAGCAGUUAUAUUGAGGAAACCAAUGCAGUUUGUGGCCUUAUCAAGAUGACUUCUAAACCACUACAAGACAAAAAGGCAACUCAAUUUCUGCCCAAGGUUUGUGUCACUUUCUAAAAACCCAGUCCUUAGCAGUUUAGACUCUUUUAACCUCAGUCCAUUUUAAUGAUGGUGACUCAACUGACCAGCCAAGCAGUGAAGUACUAGAUUGUCUGGUCUCGUGCUUGCUUUGCUGUAAUCUCCACUGUCUGCUUGCUUUUCUUACCUUCUCUGUAUUCUCUGCUUUACAGGCAGCCCUAUUGUUUGGUAAAAGGUGAGAGGAGCCAGUGGGAUCCUGGCUCAGGGAAAGGAGUUAAUGGAUCAUUUUUCAGUGUUUUAGCAGAAGAAGGAUACACCAGUUGCCACAGCACAUGCAUAUUAUGAUGGACAGACUACGGUAUUUUUAGGGCCAAGAAACCCCACCCUGUUAUUGGAGCAUGGCUUACUCCCAGGUCAAAACUGUGGAAAGGAAAUAGCACUUUAGCACUGGAAAAAGUGGCUUGCCACCCACAGCUGCUCUUGUGCACACAAGGCCUCGUUAGAAAAACAUGGAGCCAGCUGUCCCUGCCCUCUCUUCUGACUUGCCUGCUGCACUGUGGAGGCUUUUCUCAGUUUUAAGAAUCAGUGCAAAGCAGCCCCAUAUAGCGCCCACCCAGCAGGAGGGUCAUCUAUCCAUGCUGCUGAGUGAUGGCAAAGAAACGUCCCUUCAUCAUUUCCAUCAAGGAGCCAGUAAAUGAACAUGCUGUGGAUGAGGGACUGGGAAUUAUUCUGUAGGUCAGGCUCUAGGAACAAUGAGGAAUAGCAGGGUAGCAAUGGGUGCAUCUCAUUAAUGGUCUGCACAUGUGCAUGCGUAAUCAGAGGAAGGGUGUAAGCCUACCAACCUUUGGUGCUGAUGGACUUAAGACAUUUGUUCAAGGCCUUUUGACACACUAUACACUUAGUAUAAACUACAUCACAUGCAAUAUUUCAAAAAAAAAAAAAAAGAGGGAGGGAGGAGAGCAUUGUGGGCAGUUGGGAUUGUUAGGGUUGCAUUAUUUUGCAUCUUUUGUAAAACUGUAAAUUCAGCAGUGCCUUACUCCUAAUAGAUGCUGGCACUUGGGACACAUACACGAAAGUAUCGAUGACAGCCAGAGCUAGGGAGAGUCAGCCGUGUGCAUCUGUAAGACAGAGGUCAGUGAUCACCACAGUGGAAGCUGUACUGGGAAUGACACAGCUAUGUCAGACGUUCAGAUACUCAAGCUCUCAAGCAAUUUCCCUUCCGCCACCUCCUGCCUUCCCUCCUUGCCAAUGGUGCUGCCCAAGAAUAGCUGCCUACACUGAGGCCUGUCACUGCCCCAUUUGCUUUUGGUGUUGUUGAGUCAAGGAGUUCCACAUAGUUGAGCUUUUCACCACUAUCAUGUUUUCCAUGGGGCAUGUGAAUGCCAGUUAUUUUGCUUUAAAUGCACUUUAAAAAAAAAAAAAUCAAAUCAAAGCUCCAGACUGUUUCAAAUGCAUUGGGGAAGCUAGUGCAUAUGUGUUUGAACCCAGUUCACCUUAUCUCCAGUUGAAAUGUACUCCAUGCAGUGUGUAUGUAUAGAACAAUGUGUAUGCGUACGAGCACACACGUCAACCUUAACUAUCAGCAGACUAUAACCUUUCUCCUUAAGCUCAUGAAACCAGAUGCUACACAAACACAGCAGCAGCAGAGGAAUUAUGUUGGGCUCUUGAAACAGAUCACAAAAAACAAAAGCAACUAUGUGGUCCUUUCUGUAUAUACAAUAAUUACAGGAGGAAUUGAGUUGUAACCGGAAUAAAAAGGAACGGUGCUAACUGCGUGAAUGGGCAAAACCAACAGAAACAAAAACAAAAACUCAGCCCAAUAACACAGUUUGACUUUUACACUAAUUCUCACAUUGGGUUGUUUGGUUCCGUUGUUUUUUGUUUUGUUUUAGAUGAAAAAAAAAGAAAAAAAUUGCAUCUAAAUUGAUCCACCUGCAAAAGAAAAAGCAAACAAAGUGAAACGCAUCCUGCCCUGAGAAAGCUUUUGUUAAUGGAGGAUGUCAGAAGUCUCAAAACUCUCGGCCUUGCUCUCACGUACCACAUGCUCGAUCAGUCCUUUUUUAAAAAUGUCUGAAACUGAAAAAAAAAAAAAGAAAAAAAAAAGAAAAAAAAAAAAGAAAAAACGAGAAAAAAAAAAAGAAAAAAAAACCUUUUUGAAGCACCUUACGUGGCUUUCCCAUGCCAAGAGUGCAAGACUGGGAGCCACCUUUUUUUCUUUGAGCACCUUACUGAUGUGUUAAUGCUAUCUGCUGUCUUUUUGUUACCCAUGGGCUGAGCGGUGGCUGCCAGUGCAGACGUGUGGGCGUGCGGAGCCACUCUGCACAACGUGGCACGGGACUGAGCAUGCAGCCAUCACCUUCCGCUUCCUUGUGGCAUCAGCGGGGACCUGGGUGGAAAUUUCUGGGUCGGUCUUUGCUCUGUUUCAUGGAGGGAAGAAAGGGGAAGGCAAAACUGCUGAGCAGUGGAGGGGAACAAAUGGGGUGCUUUUGUUUGAGGAAAAUUCCCAACUGUCAGAGUGGAAUGAAUGGGAAGCUGCACCCCGAGCUCCAUCCUGGGGUCUCCACGCCAGCAACUCCCUGCAUUCAGCAGUGGCCUUGCCCGCAUGGAGACCCACGGAUGUGGCCUCACUGAGCCCCAUUUGCUCGCAUUGCUGCUCACCUGCCCGCCACGCUCCACAUGUGCACCGCGAUACAGACAUCUCUGGAGAAACACGGUUUGUGAUGAUGUGAAGAGCAGGUCAACAGUUUUGAGGGGUUAAGUUCCUUUUUUUUCUCUCAUUAUACUCUGUAAAUGGUAUGUCAGUUAUCAAAAACAAGCAAAUAGAAAAUUGUUAAAAAAAAAAAAUACCUUGCAUACGCCUUUUCUAUCAAGUGCUUUAAAAUAUAGAAUAAAUACACACAUCCUGCCAGUUUUUUCUUACAGUGAGAGUAUCCUUACCUGCCAUUUAAUAUUAGCCUCGUAUUUUUCUCACGUAUAUUUACCUGUGACUUGUAUUUGUUAUUUAAAACAGGAAAAAAAAUAAAAAAAGAAAAUUAACUGUAGCGCUUCAUUAUACUAUAUUAUUAUUAUUAUUAUUGUGACAUUUUGGAAUACUGUGAAGUUUUAUCUCUUGCAUAUACUUUAUACGGAAGUAUUACGCCUUAAAAAAAUACGGAAAUAAAUUUUACAAGGUUUCUGUUUUGUGUGGAAGAGUAAUUGAUGUUGCUAAGAAUGAUGUUUGUUUUUUUUGUUUUUUUUUUUUGUUUUUUUUUAAUGUUACCAGCACUUUUUUUGUAAGUUUCACUUUCUGAGGUAUUGUACAAGUUCACACUGUUUGUGAAGUUUGAAUAUGAAGGAAUAAUUAAAAAAAAAAAAAAAAAGACAAAAGAA